AGUUCGUCCGCGGUCUCCCGUGUGGACGAAGAGUUCGUCCUUUUUAUUACGAACGUCUUCUCGUUCUUCUUUCUUUUUUUUUUAUAUACGUUUCUGUCAGCAGCACAGUGAAAUUCAUCUAAGAUUGGAUCCUGAAACAGACGGAAGAUUCGAGGAGGAAGGAGGCUGCUCCAUCAGCCAUGGGAACGGCAAAGAUGAAACAUCUUUGGCCGUUACUUGCAUGGGUACUUCUUUCUUCGUGUCCUGUCGAAUCAUUGAAAGGACUCAGACGAGAAGUAUUUUUUCUCAACCUCGAAGACGGUUACUUCGGUUGCCAAGUGAACGAAUCAACGGAUGUUCUGCAACUGCUCGAACUCUCGAAACUCUGCGAUCACAAAGUUGAUUGUUAUCAGGGUACAGAUGAGCAACGUGAAAGACUCAAGUGUACAGAUGAUUGUACGAAAGAAGAUGGUACAAAAUGUUUGAACGGUGUGUGCUUAGAUUCGGUAUGCCAUUGUAACGAUGGUUUUGGAGGUUGCAAUUGUCAAGUUCCAGACGAAAACGAGUGUAAAUACCGACCCUGUGAUAUUUUUGCUCAUUGUACGAAUACUCUCGGCAGUUUUCAAUGUUCUUGUUAUCCUGGCUAUCAAGGUGACGGUUUUCAAUGCGAAGAUAUUAAUGAAUGCGAAGUGCCAGCUAUAGCGGCACGUUGUGUUGAGAAUGCAGAAUGUUGCAAUCUUCCGUCAAAUUUUCUAUGUAAGUGUAAAUCCGGAUAUAUAGGCGACGGUGAGGUACAUUGCGAGGAUGUCGACGAAUGUACUAUACCUGGUGCGUGUGCUAGCAAUGCCUUGUGCCAUAAUAUUCCUGGUAAUUAUACCUGCGCAUGUCAAGAUGGAUUCACGGGAGACCCUUAUGACAACUGUAUCGACAUUAACGAAUGCAAUUACGAAGGAGCGUGUGGUCGUGGUGCACUUUGCAUUAAUUUGCCCGGUGCUCAUAAAUGUGAGUGUCCUGAAGGGUACGACGGCAAUCCCGACGAUGAGUGCAUUGAUGUCGACGAAUGUUUGAGAAGUCCUUGCGGACGCUCAGCUCUUUGCACUAAUCUACGUGGUAGUUUUAGAUGUUCAUGUCCAGAAGGAAUGGAUGGUGAUCCAUCGACGGGUUGUCACGAUAUAAACGAGUGUGAUACGGGCACGCCCUGCGGAGCAGAUUCGGAUUGUGUAAACACAGAGGGUAGUUUCGAAUGCAGAUGCCACGUGGGUUAUCAAAUGGAUUCUACGCAACGUUGCAUCGACGUUAAUGAAUGUAUCCAUAACGACGCUUGCGCUGAAAAUGCAAGAUGCAUCAACGUUCCCGGUUCAUACAAGUGCAUAUGUCCUCAAGGUUUCAUCGGUCAAGGCAUGACCUUGUGUGAAAAUGUGAACGAAUGCGAGAAAAAUCCUUGCGGUGAAAAUGCUGAGUGCACCGACACGAUUGGUAGCUUCAUUUGCAGCUGUAAAGCAGAAUAUACGGGCGAUCCAUUCAAGGGAUGCAGUGAUAUCAACGAAUGUAAUGCAUACGAAAAUCCUUGUGGUACGAACGCUAUUUGUAAAAAUGCAAUACCAGGAUAUGAAUGUAUAUGUCCACCGGGUUAUAGUCCCAAACCUACACCAUCUAUUGCCUGUGUACAGACCGACGUAACGACCUUAUGUAAAUCAAAUUUCGAUUGCGUGAACAAUGCGGAGUGUAUCGAAGGUCAAUGUUUCUGCAAAACUGGAUUUAAAGCUGUAGGUGCUGAAUGCGAAGAUUUGGACGAAUGUCUUACGAAUCCUUGUGGUCCUGCAGCAAUUUGUACCAAUGUAAGGGGUAGUUAUCAUUGCGAAUGUGAAUCUGGUUUUAUUGGAACACCGCCACACAUUCCUUGCAAAGCACCGUGUGAUGAAGUAACUUGUGGUGAACACGCAUUUUGUAAAGCUGAUGUUCACGAAGCUUAUUGCAUUUGUGAAGAUGGCUGGACUUUCAAUCCGAACGAUAUAGCAGCAGGAUGUGUCGAUAUAAACGAGUGUGACGCGAUAAAUGGACCCUCUGGAAGAUGUGGUAAAAAUGCUAUAUGUACUAAUACACCCGGUGGUUUUACUUGUCAUUGUAAAUCUGGAUUUUCUGGGAAUGCAUUUAAACAGUGUAUAGAUGUUGACGAAUGUUCACGAUUAGAUGCAUGUGGUCAUGGUGCAACAUGCUCGAACAAUGAGGGUUCUUACACAUGCAAUUGUCCAGAAGGAACUAUACCAGAUCCUGAUCCUUAUAUAAAAUGUGUAGGCGUAGUUACAUGUGAUAUCGACGACGAUUGUCCUGGAAAUUCAAUUUGCGAUCCACAAAAACGUUGUUUAUGUCCUGAACCUAAUGUUGGAAAUGAUUGUAGACAUCCUUGUGAAGACCUAUCUUGCGGACCAAACGCACAUUGCAUGCUGUUGAAUGAUGUUGCGACUUGUCUUUGUAGUAACGGAUAUACAGGAAAACCUGGUGUAAAAGAUGGUUGUAGAGAUAUAGAUGAAUGCGCGAUAAAUCCAUGUCCACAAGGUGCAGUUUGUAAGAACGAAGCUGGUUCUUUUUCGUGUGAAUGUCCAAGAGGUACAGAAGGAGAUCCGUAUAAUGGCGAUUGCCGGGAAUCAAAUGUGCCGCAUGUAUGUGGCCCUAGUACACCCUGUCCAGCUGGUGAACAGUGUAUCAAGGAUGAAUUUAUCGGUAGCAGCGUGUGUAUAUGUCAACGUGGUUAUACAAGAGACAGUGAAACUGGUAAAUGUAGAGAUAUAAACGAAUGCAUGGAACUUAGGGAAAAACCGGCUUGUGGCGUCAAUGCUAUCUGUAAAAAUUUACCUGGAAGCUAUGAGUGUCAGUGUCCAUCUGGAUUCAACGGCAAUCCCUUUUCACUUUGCGAGGAAUGUAACAGCAUAGAAUGUCAAUGUCAGCCACCUUAUAAAAUUGUAAAUGGUAAAUGUAUGUUAGCUGGUUGUUCAAAGGGUGAGAAAUGUCCCAGCGGUGCCGAGUGUAUAACGAUCGCAGGUGGUGUUAGUUACUGCGCUUGUCCUAAAGGUUAUACUACAAAGGCAGAUGGUUCUUGCGAAGAUAUAAAUGAAUGUAUCGAUGGUCAUCAAGUCUGUGGUUAUGGAGCAGAAUGUAUCAAUCUAUUGGGUUCUCAUCAAUGCGUUUGCCCUCGCGGUUACGGUGGUGAUCCUUAUAAUGGACUUUGUUCUCCAGCUCAAAAAAGGUGUACUACUGAUAAUGAAUGCAAAGCUAACGAGAAAUGUGUACAACCAGGAGAAUGUGUAUGUCCUCCACCAUUUUAUACAGAUCCCUUUGAUGGAAAUCUUUGCAAGAAUCCUUGCGAUCGAUUCCCAUGUGGUAUAAACGCAAAAUGUACACCAAGCGAUCCACCAAAAUGUAUGUGCGAAGCUGGAUACGAAGGCGAUCCACAGCAUGGUUGUAUUGAUGUAAAUGAAUGUGCUAACAAUCCUUGUGGACCUGGUGCAUAUUGUUUCAAUACGAAAGGUGGUCACAAUUGCGAGUGUCCCAAGGGUAUGGUAGGUGAUCCUUAUACCAAUGGCUGUAAUGGCGUACCUGUCGCAAGAACUGAAUGUACAUCGAACGACGAUUGUGAGAAUUAUUUGGCUUGUGUUCAUGGAAGUUGUAUUAAUCCCUGUGACAAUAUACGAUGUGGACCGAAUGCGUACUGCGAACCCGAUAAACAUGCUGCAUGGUGUCGUUGCGUGAUUGGAUUCACCGAAGGAAAUAAUAACGAAUGUGUAUCACAAUGUGAUGGUUUUGUUUGCGGUGCUGGUGCACAAUGUAUCGUCAGUUACGACGGACCAACUUGUAAAUGUAUCGAAGGUUUUAUGGGUAAUCCAUUCCCCGGGGGACAAUGUGUGCCGGAUGUUUGUUCUGCGGAGAUUUCAUGCGCUGCACCUAGUAUUUGUAUAAGUGGUCGAUGCAAACAUCGAUGCGAAGGCAUUGUAUGUGGUGUAGGUGCUACUUGUGAUCCAGCUACUAACAAGUGCGUUUGUAAUCCUUAUUUCGUUGGUAAUCCUGAUCUACUUUGUAUGCCACCUAUUGCACCACCGACUUGUAAUCCGGAUUGUGGUAAGAAUGCACAUUGUGAAUAUGGACUUCAAGAAUCUAAAUGCAUCUGUAAUCCUGGAACCAGUGGUAAUCCUUAUCACGGUUGUGAAAUUCAACAUAAAUCCGAUUGUUCUACCACAGUUUGUGGCAAGGACGCUCAUUGCAGUACAGGAAUCAAUGCCGUCGAAUGCGUUUGUCCACCAGGAUAUGCUGGAAAUCCAUAUAUUCAAUGCUUCGAUAUCAAUGAAUGUAAUGGCAAUGCAUGUGGUACCAAUGCAGUUUGUAUUAAUACAAUAGGAAGCUACGAUUGUCGUUGUAAAGAAGACUUUUUUGGAAAUCCUUUUGUUGGUUGCCAACGAGUACAAACAAGUCCUUGUACUGAUCCAUCCAUUUGUAGCUGUAGUGAAGUGUUACCUUGUCCGUUCGAAUAUACUUGCGUUGAUGGUAAAUGCAUCAACGAAUGUACCAAUAUUAAAUGUGGUCCUAAAUCAAUUUGUCAAGAUGGAGCUUGUGUUUGUCCACCAGGAUACAUAGGAAAUCCAAAUGAUCACAUCAAAGGAUGUCUUUUACGAGGUCAUUGUUCCAACGAUUUGGACUGUGAAACUCAACAAAUCUGUUUCCAAGUUGGUAAAGGCACUCGAAAGUGUGUUGAUGCUUGUAGUAAACUUCAAUGUGGACCCAAUGCUUUAUGCAUUACUCAAAACCAUGUAUCAUCUUGUUUGUGUAUUGAUGGAUAUCAAGGCAAUCCUAGUAAUCUCAUCGACGGAUGUCAACCAUCUAAAUCGAUAAUAACACCAACUUGUACCGAUGAUUCUGAUUGCCAAACUGGUUUUUCAUGUGUUGUUCUCGACAAUGGUGCUACAGAUUGCGUAAAUCCCUGUAAUAAAGUUGUGUGUGGUGCCCAUCAAACCUGUGUGCCUGACAUAGUUCCAAAUCAUGCAACAUGUAAAUGUCAAGAAGGAUAUGAAUGGAAUCCAGUGUUAUCUUCUUGUGAGAAACCAUCAGUGCCUAAUUGUAUAUCAGAUGAUGAUUGCCAUUCAACAGAUGCUUGCAGACCUGAUGUACUUGGUGUUCUUAAAUGUAUUCCUGUUUGUUCUGACUUUACAUGCGUUUUGAAUUCUCAUUGUGUUGCCGAACGUCAUCGAGGACGUUGCGAGUGUUUGCCAGGAUAUGUAGGUAAUCCAAACGAUCGUAGAGGGUGUGUACAUCCACGUACUAAUAGAUGUUUGAGUGAUAGCGAAUGUUCAGAAGAUCAAGCUUGUAGAUCUACCACGGAAGGUACAUUGACUUGUCAACCAGUCUGCAAUUUCAUUACCUGUGGUCCAAACGCACUUUGCAUUGUGAACAAUCACGUUGCCAAUUGUGAAUGUCCACCUGGAUUAUAUGCUGGAGAUCCUAACGAUCGUAGCAAGGGUUGUCACGAAGUACCAUGUGUAUAUAAUAUUGAUUGUCCACCUACGCAACUUUGCAAUCGCCUCACACACACGUGUUAUGACGCAUGCGAUGAAAAUGCAUGUGGUAUAAACGCUGUUUGCAUUGCUGAUGACCACAAAGCAAUCUGUCAAUGUCCUCCCGGCUUAAAGCCUAAUCCCGUUCCUGAUGUUGAGUGCGUUGCAAUAGAAACUUGUAAUCCAAAUCCUUGUCACCCAUCAGCAUUCUGUGUUCCGGGAGCAUCUAACAAUCCUACCUGUCAAUGUCCUCCUAAUUAUGUAGGUGAUCCUUAUGGUAGUGGCUGUCAGCCAGAAGGCUAUUGUGUUAGCAAUAAGGAUUGUCCUGCACACUCAACAUGUUAUAAACAUCAAUGUAUCAACCCUUGUGAGAAUGCUUGUGGAGCCAAUUCUGUAUGUGAAGUGAUAAAUGGAGAACCAGUUUGCAAAUGCAUCCAUAGAUUUAUUCCUUCAUCAAAGAGUCCGGAAGAUGGUUGUGUUCGCUCUACGAAUUAUUGCAGCACUGAUUCCAAUUGUGUAGACAGCGUUUGUCUUGAUGGUCAAUGUAUAGCUGUGUGUAGAUCUGUUUCUGAUUGCUCUGAUGGUGAAAAAUGUAUAAAUAACAGAUGUUCAGUACCUUGUGUUACCCAUUCUCAGUGUCAGCCUGAUCAAGCUUGUAUGAAUGGAGCGUGUAUCUUAGGUUGUCGAAAUAAUAAAAAUUGCCCGUCUUAUGAAUCGUGUAUAAACAGCAAAUGUCAAGAUCCGUGUAAAAAGAAAGAUGUUUGUGGUCCAAACGCUGUUUGUAGCUGUGUCAAUCAUGCAACAAUAUGUUCCUGUCCAUUAGGAUUUCAAGGCAAUCCAAUUCCAGAGCAAGGUUGUGUUAGAGUACCAAAUACAUGUGAAGGUCCACAAGAUUGUCCAAGUCAACAUGUUUGUGUUUCUGGAUUAUGUCAAUGUCAAUGUAAAGAACAAAACAAUUGUGCACAAGGAGAACGUUGUAAAAAUGAUGUCUGUGUAAAAGUAUGCUACAGUGAUAGUAAUUGUUUACCUGGUGAAUUAUGUGUUGAUGGAACAUGUGAAACUGGUUGUUCUUCUGAUGCUAGUUGCAAAGUAGAUGAAGUGUGUAUUAAUAAUAAGUGCAGAUGUAGCCAUGGAUUCAUCGCCGGUCCUGAACAUUGUUUAGAUAUAAAUGAAUGUGAAGAACAUCCAUGUCAUCCUAGUGCAGAAUGUCUUAAUCUUCAUGGAUCAUAUCGCUGCGUAUGUCCGCAAGGUACCGCAGGUGAUCCAGUAAUAUCAGGAUGUGUGGUACCACAUCAAUGUACUUUGGAUACUGAUUGUCCAGAAACACAAUCUUGCAUUCAGCAUAAUUGUUCAGACCCGUGUUCUUUUGUUGAUUGUGGUUUAAAUACUAUUUGUACUGUUGUUGAUCAUGCAGCCACUUGUCAGUGCCAACCAGGCUAUAUUGGUGAUAGUAGUGGUUGCUUUAAAGUAGAAUGUCUAUCAAACAAUGAUUGCCCAUCUGAUAAAUACUGUAAUCAGGAAACCAAUAAGUGCAGUAGUCCUUGUAAUCAGGUAAAUUGUGGCUAUGGUAAUUGUGUAUCUAUUGAUCAUACUGGUAUAUGCAAAUGUUAUCCUGGUUUUGUUCUUGUGGAUGAUAUUUGUGUUGAUGUUAAUGAAUGCACACAAAAUGCAUGUCAUGCAACAGCAAUCUGUCAAAACACAGAAGGAUCGUACAUCUGCGUUUGUCCACAUGGAUUGGUGGGUGAUCCGAUUCAAGCAGGUUGUAAGCAACCUGGUGAUUGUUUCGCGGAUUCUGAUUGUCCUGCCACAGCUGCUUGUGUUGAUAAUAGAUGUACAAAUCCAUGUGAUACAUCAACAACUUGUGGGAAGAAUGCAAAAUGUUUUGCACGAGGACAUGUACCAAUUUGUCAAUGUCCUGACCAAACAACAGGGGAUCCAUCUGUUGAAUGUGUUUCUUUAGAAUGCAAUUAUCAUAGUGAUUGUGGUCAGUCAGAUGCAUGCUUUAAUCAUAAAUGUGUAGAUCCAUGUUCUGUUUCGAACGUUUGUGGACACGGUGCUGAUUGUUCUUCACUUAAUCAUAGUGCAGUAUGUACUUGUCAACCUGGUGGAACAGGCGAUCCAAAUCUCGGUUGUACACCAGUACAAUAUUGUAAGACAGAUUCACAAUGUGCAACAGGUUCAGCUUGUAAUGGUGGUAUAUGUACAGCACUUUGUAGUACUACAAGAGAUUGUAUUGGGGAUCAACUUUGUAUUAAUGGACUUUGUCAACCUACAUGUAAAAGUAAUUCUAGUUGUCCAGAUUAUCAGUAUUGUCAUAAUAAUAUUUGUAUUCAAGAAUUACGCUGCAUAUCUGAUGACGAUUGUUCUUAUGAUGAAAAAUGUAUUAAAAAUAAUAUCGGACAGGCUGAAUGUCGUAAAGUGUGCGAUUUAACAUUUUGCGGUCGAAAUGCUGAAUGUAAAUCUGAUAACCACGUACCUUCGUGUUCUUGUCAAUCCGGUUUCUUUGGUAAUGCUAAAGACGAUAAAAUAGGUUGUCAACCUAUAGAGUGUGAAACAAAUGAUGAAUGUAGUGACGAGAAGAUUUGCGACUUAUACAAGUGCAGAAUUGCUUGUCUUGCACAUAAUCCUUGUGGAGUGAAUGCUAUUUGUACUGCAGAGAAACAUACUCAAAUUUGUACAUGUCAUCCUGGUUAUACGGGAGAACCAACAAAAGGUUGUACAUUAAUUGAUUAUUGUCUGGCUAAUACUUGUGCUCCUGGAGCCUUAUGUGAAAAUUCUCGAGGAUCUUAUAAAUGCCUCUGUCAACCUGGUACUGUUGGAGAUCCUUAUAAUAGUGGUUGUCAACAACCUGUUGAAUGCUUGCUAGAUGAUGACUGUCCAUUAACAGCGAAAUGUAUUAAUAUUAAUAAUAUACCAAAAUGUUUUGAUGUUUGUGGAAAGAUACAGUGUGGACCAAAUGCAGAUUGCGUUGCGAAUAAUCAUGCUGCAGUUUGUCAAUGUCGAUCUGAUUAUGAAGGAAAUCCUAACAGUUUAAGUAUUGGAUGUCGUCCAAAAUCUAUUCUCUGUUCAUCAGCUAAUGAUUGUUUGGCCAAUACUUACUGCUACGAGGGUAUUUGCCGACCAUUAUGUCAAUCGGAUGAAGAAUGUAAUUUAUCUGACGUAUGUUUAAACGGACAGUGCUUAGAUCCAUGUGACAUAAGAGCAGCAUGUGGUAUAAAUGCAGAAUGUAAUGUAAGAAAUCAUAUCAAACAGUGUAGUUGUCCUCUUGGAUUUACUGGUAAUUCAGAAGUUGAAUGUGUGAGAUUACCGGUUUCUUGCAGUGGAACUAAUGAUUGUAGCGAAGGUAAUACUUGUCGUGAUAACGUAUGUUUGCCAAUUUGCUCUACGGACAACGAAUGUGCAUUUAAUGAAAAAUGUAUAUACGGAAAUUGUUUGUUAACCUGCCGACUUGAUAAUGACUGUUUCCUUGGUCAUAUUUGUUUGCAAAAUAUGUGUUCUUUCGGAUGCCGUGUAGAUGAAGAUUGUAAUGCAAAUCAAGCUUGUAUAUCAAAUAAGUGUGCCAAUCCAUGUGAAGUCACUCCAUGUGGUCCAAAUGCAAAAUGCACUGUUUUUAAUCAACGUGCUACAUGUUCCUGUCCUUCUGGAUUUAUACCAAAUCCAACAGCUAAAAUUGCUUGUUUAAGACUACCAGGCCGAGUAUGCCAAGCGAACAGAGAUUGUGACACAGGAACAGCUUGUAUCUCUGGAGUUUGUACGCCUGUUUGCUCUACAAACGCAAAUUGUUUGAGUAAUGAACGGUGUGAUAGUUCAGGAAUUUGUAAAUCACUUUGUAGAAGAGAUGAAGAUUGUAGGAGUGGUGAAAUUUGUGAAGGACUUAUCUGUGUUAUUGGCUGUCGCUCGGAUAUAGAAUGUCAAGAUAAUUAUGCAUGCAUAAACAAUCAAUGUAUAGAUCCGUGCACCUUAUCAGAUUCAUGUGGAGUUAAUGCAAAAUGUUCAGUUGUUGAUCACCGAAAAGUAUGUAGUUGUCCUCCACGAUUAGUUGGAGAUCCAUUCAUAGGUUGUAAACAAGCAUUCCUUCCUUGUGCAUCUGAACAGGAUUGUUUAUCUGGUCAAACAUGCUAUGGAAAAUCUUGUUAUACGAAGUGCAGAAGUGACGUAGAUUGUUUGAACGAUGAGCGUUGCGAUAAUGGAAUUUGUAAAGCAAUUUGCAAUAACGAUGGGCAUUGCGCUAAUAAUCAAAUUUGUCAGAACCGCUUGUGUAAUAUCGGAUGCCGUAAUGACAACACUUGCGCUAGAGAUGAGUCUUGCAUAAAUAAUAAAUGUCGAAAUCCAUGCGAAGGUGGUAAAGCAUGUGGCGAAUGCGCUGGUUGUCGCGUAGUUAAUCACGUAGCACAGUGUAGUUGUCCAGCUAACUAUUAUGGCAAUGCAUUGAUAAGUUGCAUGAAAUCCAUGAUUCCUUGUGAUCAUACAUGCGAAUGCGACGACAUAGGAUUUUGUAGUACAAGUUGCAACAACCAGAACCAGUGUACUUGUGGAGAAGUUUGUCAUUCAGGAAAAUGCAGAGUAAAAUGUGACAGCAAUAAUGUUUGCCCUAAGGGAUAUAUAUGUGAGUCAGGAUUGUGUAUGAUUGGUUGUCGUACACAUUCAGAUUGUCCAUCUUCUUUAUCCUGUACAAACGGACAGUGUAUAGAUCCUUGCUUAUCAAAUGGAUCCCCAUGUGGAAUAAAUGCACUUUGUCGUGUUUCCAAUCAUCGAGCUGUUUGCUUAUGUCCUGAAGGAUAUCAAGGAGAGCCAAGUCAAGAAUGCUAUCAACUAGAAUGUCAUAGAGAUGAAGAUUGCGAAUCAAAUAAACAAUGCAGCGAAAAUGGUGUUUGUACAAAUCCUUGUUUGCAACACGGUAUUUGCGGUUUCAACGCACAAUGUCGAGUUGUUAAUAGAAAGGCACAAUGCUCUUGUCCACCUGGCCACUUCGGUAAUCCAAAGAUUAAUUGCAAAAUAGGUGGGGAUGAUUGCUUACAAAGACAUUGUGGUGUAAAUGCCAAAUGCAGAGAGACAGCAAGUGGUUUUGAAUGUACAUGUGAUCCAGGAUGUCAUGGUAAUCCACACGAAGCGUGUUUGUGUGAUGGCGGAGAACUCUGUAAAGAUGUUCACUGUGGCGUGAAUGCCGCUUGUCGUAUUUAUAAGAAUCAACCGCAAUGUUAUUGUCCACCAAAUUUCCCAUCUGGCGAUCCCAUGCAUGCAUGUAGCCCAGACACAAAUCUAGGAGAUUGCAGAACAAUUGGCUGUGGAAAAGGUGCAGAAUGCAUACGAGAUAGUACGAUAUUUGUUUGCCGAUGUCCUCCAGGUACAACUGGUUCACCAGAUAUUGAAUGCACAACAGAACGCGAAUGCACCAGUGACUUAGAGUGCCCUAAUGAAAAAGCCUGCAUAAAUCUGCAAUGUCUGGACCCGUGCGCGUUGCGCGGUGCCUGUGGAAUAAAUGCCCUUUGCCGAGUGGUUCUACAUAAGCCCCGAUGCUCGUGUCCACAGUGUUAUAUCGGUAUGCCUCAUACGGCUUGUCAUCCAGAUCUUAAAUGUGAUAGACUAAGUCCCAGACCUGCACCGAACAUUGAUUGUUCCCACGACAGCGACUGUCCUGAGAGCCUUUCAUGCCACUCUCAGACAGGCGAGUGCCGCGAUCCGUGUUUAAGUUCUCAAUACAGUUGCGAAGUUAACAAGAGAUGUCAGGUGCGAAAUCACAGACCCAUGUGUGUCUGUAAACACGGCUUCGUCGUCAAUGAACUCGGAGAAUUAACAUGUGCACCUGACACGCUGACUUGCGCGAGAGAUUUUGACUGUCCGUCAAAUGCCGCGUGCGUCAAUGGAAAAUGUCAGAAUCCCUGUAACGUACGAAAGAAAAAACCAUGUCCAGACGAUAAAACUUGCGAUGUUCUGGACCAUCGUCCUGUGUGCAUUUGCACCCAAAACUGCAAUCCUUCCCUCUCCAUUUGCCUGCGAGACAGUGGCUGCUCUCCAGACUUGGCGUGCCGCAACUAUCGCUGUGUGGAUCCAUGCAGAAACUCCACCUGUCCGGCUGAUGCCCCCUGUUACGUGGAGGAGCACAAGCCUAUCUGCAAGUUCUGUCCCCCCGGCUUUGUGCCAGAUACUAAAUAUGGAUGCAUGAAAGAUCUCAAAUGCUCAACACAUGGUGAUUGUCCUGCCCAGUUGGCUUGUAUAGAUCAACAGUGUUUAAAUCCAUGCACUCUUGGCAAUCCUUGUGAUUUUGUUGAAGUUUGUCAUGUUCAUGAACAUAGACCAGUUUGCAUUAAAGAUGAAGAUAUAAAUCAAGAUUGUCCUUAUUGUCCUCCUGGUAUGCAAUGUGAUACAACUACAAAAACGUGUGUAAAAGCGAUUUGCACUAGCGACAAAGAUUGUCCCCUGACAGAGGCAUGCAUUGGAAAUAUUUGCCAAGAACCGUGUCUAGUUCGGAAUCCGUGCGUAGAACACGCAGUAUGCAUCAAUACAAAUCAUGGAACAGAUUGCAGUUGUGAAGAAGAUUAUCAUGGAGAUGGAUUUAAACAAUGUGAUUUAGUGAGCGAGGGUAAAAAUAUAUGCCAUUAUAAUGAGGAUUGUCCUCCAAAUAAAUAUUGUGACAGAUUAAAUAGGGAAUGCAUUAAUCCAUGUUUGGAAUUGAGUUGUGGUGAAAAUGCAAAAUGUUAUACUGAAAAUCAUGAAGCACAAUGUAAAUGUCUAUCAGGAUAUGAGGGAAGACCAGAUAUUGGAUGUAAAGAAAUAUCAACUAAUCCAUGUAUUCCUAAUCCAUGUGGUUUGGAUGCUAUGUGUGAAAAUGAUAAUGGAAAUCCUAUAUGUUUCUGUCCAAAGGGUCUAACUGGCAAUCCUUUUGAAGAAUGUAUUCCAGAAGGAGAUCAAUGUCAGAAAAAUUCGUGCGGUGAAAAUUCAGGUUGUCGAGUUGUAAAUGGUCAAAUUAAAUGCUUCUGCUUACCAGGAUACGAAGGAGAUCCACCACAUUUGCCUUGUGCACUUUCUAAAAAUCCAUGUGAAUCAUCUCCAUGUGGCCUGAAUACUCAAUGUACUGUUUUAAGUAGCGGGUUUGCAAAAUGUACUUGUUUACCUGGUUUUAUUGAAAGUCCUAACACAAUCAGAGGAUGUAUACCAAAAUCUAGUGUGUGCGAACUUAAUCCAUGUGGUUUUGGAGCAGUGUGCAAUGCAACUAAAACACCACCUUGUUAUUGUCCCGAUUUUACUGUAGGAAAUCCUUAUAAAAAUUGUUCAGUUCAACCAAUGGAUACAUAUGACCCAUGUUUAGACACACCAUGCGGUAAAAACUCUAUUUGUACGAAUAACAAUGGUGUAGCAAAAUGUACUUGUGUAUCAUCAUAUAUCGGAAAUCCAUAUGUGGAGGAUUGUCGAUCAGAGUGUAUUUCUAAUCAAGACUGUCCCGAUCAUUUGGCUUGUUUCAAUCAACACUGUAGUGAUCCUUGUCCUGGUGUUUGUGGUUCAAAUGCACAUUGUGAAGUAUCUGAUCACAUCCCUGUAUGUUCUUGUUUACCUGGCUAUAGUGGAGAUCCUUUCCGUUCUUGUAAAAUAGAAAAGUUUCCUAUUCCAUCUCAAAAUCCAUGUUUACCAUCACCAUGUGGGCCCCACAGUAUUUGUCGUAUUAUGAACGAUCGAGCUGUUUGUUCUUGCAGUCCAGGUUAUCAAGGUGUACCACCUUCUUGUCGACCAGAAUGUCUUGUUAGCUCUGAAUGUCCAGAACAUCUUUCUUGUAUUAACAAAAAGUGCAGUGAUCCAUGUCCAGGUUUAUGCGGAUUAAAUGCUCUUUGCCAAGUUAUAAAGCAUAAUCCAUUGUGCACUUGUCCACCCGAUUACAUUGGCGAUCCAUUUAUACAAUGUAAUAGAGAAGUUCCAGGUCCAAAGAAUCCUUGUUUACCAUCACCUUGUGGACCGAAUGCAGAGUGUCGUGUACAAGGCGAUCAUCCAGUAUGCACUUGUAUGAGUGGAAUGUUUGGAGCACCACCAAAUUGCAGACCUGAGUGUUUAAUUCAUCAAGAUUGCCCUAAUUCUUUGGCUUGUGUACAGAAGAAAUGUUUGGAUCCAUGUGCUGGUUCUUGUGGAUUAAAUACAAAUUGUACUGUGCAAAAUCAUCGUCCAAUGUGUCUUUGUUACGAAGGUUACGAAGGAGAUCCUUUCUCUGGUUGCAGUAAAGUUAUCUUACCAAUACCGUUACCAUGCGACCCAUCGCCUUGCGGUAUGAAUGCUAUUUGUAAAGAAAGAAAUGGAGUAGGCUCCUGUACAUGUUUACCCGAUUAUACUGGAGAUCCAUACGAAGGAUGUAGACCAGAAUGUGUUCAAAAUUCUGAUUGUAUACCUACCAAAGCUUGUAUUAAUAAUAAGUGCAAGGAUCCAUGUUUUGGUGCAUGUGGUUUAAAUGCUCAGUGUCAUGUCUAUAAUCAUCAACCAUCUUGUAGCUGUUUGUCUGGAUACACAGGAGAUCCAUUAAAAUCAUGCCACGAAUUCAUUGACAUUCCAAUACCAGAAGAACCAUGCAAUCCAUCUCCGUGUGGUCCUUAUAGUAACUGUCGUGUGAUAGAUAAUCAUGCAGUAUGCUCUUGUCAACCAGAUUAUGUCGGAAGUCCACCUUCGUGCCGACCUGAAUGUGUAGUCAGUGCAGAUUGCACUCAAAAUACAGCUUGUAUUGAACAUAGAUGCAAAGAUCCGUGUGUGGGUACAUGUGGAUUAAAUGCUAAUUGUCAAGUAGUCAAUCACAAUCCAAUUUGUAGCUGUACAUCUGGUUACACAGGAGAUCCAUUUUUCGAAUGUGUCGAAGAAGCUAAAUCACCAGAACAAAAACCGAGUGAUAAUCCUUGUAUUCCUUCGCCAUGUGGACCUAAUUCUCAAUGUCGUGUAAUUGAUGGAUUCCCGGCAUGUUCAUGUCUACCAAACUAUGUUGGUAGAGCACCAAACUGUCGUCCAGAAUGUGUGAUAAAUGAAGGAUGUCCUGGUAAUUUAGCAUGUCAAAAUGAACAGUGUGUUGAUCCUUGUCCUGGAUCUUGUGGAGUUAAUACCUAUUGUAACGUUAUUAAACAUAAUCCCAUUUGUAUUUGUAAUGCUGGAUACACAGGAGAUCCGUUCACGGAAUGUACUCAUAUUAUUGAAAAACCAAUUACAACUGAACAACCUCGUACACCUUGUAAUCCAUCACCUUGCGGUGCAAAUGCUGUAUGUAAUGAAAGAAAUGGAGCAGGAUCAUGUACAUGUCUGCCUGAAUAUAUCGGCGAUCCAUAUAUUGGUUGCAGACCAGAAUGUGUAACAAACACUGACUGUGAUCGUAGUAAAGCUUGUCUAAAUAAUAAGUGUGUAAAUCCUUGUCUAAAUACUUGUGGUGAAGAAGCUACUUGUAGAGUAGUCAAUCAUGCUCCAGCUUGCUCUUGUAUAUCGGGUUUUACUGGAGAUCCAUUUAGUCGUUGUACCCCAAUAGAGACAACAUCGCAGUUAACACCAACAAAUCCUUGUGAGCCGUCACCUUGUGGUCCGAACAGUAAUUGUAGAAUUCAUAAUGGACAUGCAGUAUGUUUAUGUCAACCAGGAUUCAUCGGAAUUCCUCCUUCAUGUCGUCCAGAAUGCAGCGUCAGUUCUGAGUGUUCACAAAAUAAAGCAUGUAUUGACAACAAAUGUACAGAUCCUUGUCCAGGAACAUGUGGACAGAAUACGAAAUGCUUUACUGUAAAUCAUAAUCCUAUUUGUACCUGUGCUACUGGAUACACAGGUGAUCCAUUCUCUGGAUGUUUACUCAUAGACGUAAAAUCACCACCAAGUGUAGAAAAUCCAUGUGAUCCGAAUCCAUGUGGACCAAAUUCUCAGUGUAGGGUUAUAGGAUCACAACCGGCAUGUUCAUGUUUGUUGAACUUUAUUGGACGUCCGCCAAACUGCAGGCCAGAAUGUACAGAUAACAGUGAAUGUUAUAAUACUGCAGCUUGCAUAAAUCAGAGAUGUACUAAUCCAUGUCCUGGAACAUGUAGUGAACAAGCAAUAUGUAAUGUUCAAAAUCACGUACCAAUAUGCACCUGUCCGGAUGGAUACGAAGGUGAUCCUACCCUAGGUUGUAUAUUACCUCCUUCUCCAACUACAGGCAAAACUAUAAUAAAUCCUUGUGUGCCAAAUCCUUGUGGACCGAAUGCACAAUGUCGGGAAAGAAAUAAUGCAGGAGCAUGUAUUUGCCCAUCUGAUCUUAUUGGCGAUCCAUACGACAACGUACAAGGUUGUCAUAGAGAAUGUGAAUCUAAUACAGAUUGUGCGCCUCACUUGGCGUGUAUUGGAUUUAAAUGUUCUGAUCCAUGUCCCAACACAUGUGGUGUGUUGUCUGUAUGCAAUGUUCAAGCGCACGUUCCAGUUUGUACUUGUCCACCUGGUUACACAGGAGAUCCAUAUUCAGCUUGUGAAAUAGAACAAAUACGAGCACCACCGAUAGAUCCAUGUUCUCCAUCACCAUGUGGACCUAAUAGUAAAUGUCGGGAAAUUAAUAGUCAAGCUGUUUGCACAUGUUUACCAGAUUACAAGGGUAUACCACCAUCUUGCAGACCAGAAUGUGUGGUCAACGCAGAAUGUCCUCAACAUCUUGCAUGUGUAAACAAUAAAUGUGCCGAUCCUUGCCCUAAUAGCUGUGGAUUAAAAGCACAAUGUACCACGAAAAAUCAUAAUCCAAUCUGUAUUUGUCCUGUUGGCUUUACUGGUGAUCCGUUUACACUGUGUUCUUUUGAUGAAAACAAUAAACCACUUACUGAACGUCCACCAUCUUGCACUCCAUCUCCAUGCGGACCGAAUUCACUUUGUCAAAUAAUAUCUGGAAGUCCAGCAUGUUCUUGUCUUCCAAAUUACAUUGGCGUACCUCCAGAAUGCCGUCCAGAAUGUAUUUUAAGUUCUGAAUGUAAAAGUAAUUUGGCAUGCCUCAAUCAAAGAUGUCAAGAUCCAUGUCCAGGAUCAUGUGGUGUGAAUGCACAAUGUCAUAUACUCAAUCAUAUACCAGUUUGUACAUGUAUUGAAGGUUUUACUGGUGAUCCUUUCACACAAUGUAUUACUAUACCACCAACAACUGAGAAACCACAACUGGAAUAUCUUUGCAAUAAUUUACCAUGUGGGUUAAAUGCUAUCUGCAGAAAUAGUGAAUGCGAAUGUCUACCAGGAUAUUGUGGCAAUCCAUACGAAGGUUGUAGACCAGAAUGUAUUCUUAAUUCGGAAUGUCCACGUGAUAAGACCUGUAUCAGAAAUAAAUGCAUUGAUCCUUGUCCUGGAACAUGUGGACAAAAUGCUGAAUGUGAUGUUGUAAAUCAUAUACCUGUUUGUUCUUGCAUUGUCGGAUAUAUUGGCGAUCCUUUUGUUAAUUGUCGUUUACAACCUCAAGUGCCAGAAGCUAAAACGAAUCCAUGCAGUCCAUCACCUUGUGGACCAAAUAGUCAAUGUCGUAAUAUCGAAGAUCACGCUGUAUGUUCAUGUCUAGAAGGUUACCUUGGUUCUCCACCUUCAUGCAGACCAGAAUGUUUAAUUAGUUCAGAAUGUCCACCAACUCGUGCUUGUGUCAAUAAAAAGUGUACAGAUCCAUGUCUAGGAUCCUGUGGUUUGAACGCAAGAUGUGAAGUUAUCAAUCACUCACCGAUUUGUAGUUGUCUGCCAGGACAAACGGGAGAUCCAUUCAAGAGCUGUUUUGUCCAAUACGUAGAACCUAAGGAUACUGGAAAUCCUUGUAAUCCUUCACCAUGUGGUCCAAAUGCACAAUGUCAAAAUGUUAAUGAAAAUCCGUCAUGUUCGUGUCUACCUUCGUAUAUAGGCACACCGCCAUCGUGUCGUCCAGAAUGUUUAAUUAAUCCAGAUUGUCCAACCAAUAAAGCAUGUGUAAAUACCAAAUGCAAAGAUCCCUGUCCAGGAUCGUGUGGUGAAAAUGCGGAGUGUAUUGUAAUAAAUCAUGCAGUGACUUGCUCGUGUAUAACCGGCUAUACAGGAAAUCCAUUUGUACAGUGUAUCCUUCGUAAAGAAGAAGAAAUUAAUCCAUGUGUACCAUCACCUUGCGGAUCGAAUGCAAUUUGUCAACAACGUGAAAACACUGGUGCAUGUAUUUGUAUUGAAGAUUAUCAUGGUAAUCCAUACGAGGGUUGCCAACCUGAAUGCAUUCUUAGUUCAGAUUGUCCAACGAAUAAGGCAUGCAUACGUAAUAAAUGCAAAGAUCCUUGCCCUGGUAUAUGUGGAAUUCAAGCGCAAUGUUCAGUCAUCAAUCACAUUCCAACAUGUACAUGUGUACCGGGAUAUGUCGGAGAUCCAUUUGCAACUUGUAUACUUCAAUUAGAAACAACACUACCGUCUGUUCCUGAUCUAUGUUCUCCUUCGCCAUGUGGACCAAAUAGCUUAUGUCGUGUAAUCAACGAACAGGCUGUAUGUACGUGCCAGACUUCCUUUAUUGGAACACCUCCAAAUUGCAAACCAGAAUGUGUUGUUAAUUCCGAAUGCCCGUUGAAUCGUGCGUGCUAUAAGUACAAGUGUUCUGAUCCAUGUCCGGGAACAUGUGGAGUGGGCGCAAAUUGUAGAGUUAUCAAUCAUAAUCCUUUGUGCAGUUGUUCACAAGGAAUGACUGGAGAUCCAUUUUCAAGAUGUUAUCAAGUAUCAAUAGAAUUACCGCCGCCUAUUGGCGAUCCAUGUACACCAAAUCCAUGUGGCUUGUAUUCCGAAUGUAAGGUGGUCGAUGAUCGAGCAGCUUGUUCUUGUCAAAAUAAUUAUAUUGGACAGCCACCUAAUUGCCGUCCAGAAUGCGUUGUGAAUACAGAUUGUCCAUCGAACCAAGCAUGUAUCUCUGAAAAGUGUAGAGAUCCAUGUGUUGGAUCUUGCGGGCAAAAUGCAGAUUGCCGGGUUCAAAAUCAUAUUCCUACCUGUUUGUGUCAAUCAAGUUAUACUGGAGAUCCUUUCACAUUAUGCUCACCGAUAACAGUACAACCAAACAUACCUGCUGAUUUAUGCAAUCCAUCACCUUGUGGACCCAAUGCUGAAUGUGACGCAGGUGUAUGUACUUGUUUUGGAAACCAUUUUGGAGAUCCUUACGUAUAUUGCCGACCAGAAUGCACUAUGAAUUCCGAUUGUUCUCGUGUGAAAACCUGUAUUAAUCAACGUUGUGUCGAUCCAUGUCCUGGAACGUGUGGUACCAAUGCUCAAUGUAACGUUGUUAAUCAUAUCCCAAUGUGUAGUUGUUCUGCUGGAAAUACUGGUGAUCCAUUUAGUUUCUGUCGGCCAUAUUUACCAGAUGAAAUGGGAAAACAAACUUGUUCACCAUCACCUUGUGGACCAAAUAGCAUUUGUAAGAUUGUCAACGAUCACGCAGUUUGUUCUUGUCAGCCAAGUUUUAUUGGUAGUCCUCCUUCGUGUCGACCUGAAUGUGUUGUUAGUGCAGAGUGUCCUCUAACACAAGCAUGUCUUAAUGGAAAGUGCGAAGAUCCAUGUCCAGGAACAUGUGGCCAGAAUACAAAAUGUCAAGUUGUUAAUCAUAAUCCGAUCUGCAGUUGUUCGGAAGGAAAUACAGGGGAUCCAUUUAGCAGAUGUUAUCCUUUGCCAAGUAUACCACCGCCGCCUACAAAUCCUUGCUUGCCAUCACCUUGUGGUCCGAAUGCUGAGUGCCAUGUGCGAGGUGAAAGUCCAGCGUGUUCGUGUUUGCUGAAUUACAUCGGUAUACCACCAAAUUGUAGACCAGAAUGUACUAUCAAUCCGGAAUGCCCAGCUCACUUGGCGUGUAUACAACAAAAGUGUCGUGAUCCAUGUGUUGGUUUGUGUGGUGUAAAUGCUCAGUGUUCUGUGGUUAAUCAUCACGCGGUUUGUACGUGUGUAGCUGGUUUCUCUGGAAAUGCAUUCAGCGUUUGUGAACCUGUUCUCAAGGACACCCCAUUAGAUAUCAGGAAACCAUGUGAGCCCUCCCCAUGUGGCGCUAAUGCAAUUUGUCGUGAGAACAACGGCGCCGGCUCAUGUUCCUGUUUACCGGACUACUUAGGUGACCCUUACCAAGGAUGUAGACCCGAAUGUACACAAAAUUCCGAUUGCCCCUCUACAAUGGCCUGUAUGACCCUGAAAUGCAGAGACCCGUGCCCAGGAACCUGUGGAUCAAAUGCCAAAUGCUACCCCAUUAAUCAUCUGCCCACUUGUACUUGUAAUCCAGGAUAUACCGGCGAUCCAUUCAGGCACUGUACUUUAGAUAUCACCCCCAGCCUGUCAGAAUCAAACCCAUGCAGUCCAUCACCUUGCGGAUCAAACAGCAAAUGCAGAAACAUAAAUGAUCAUGCUGUAUGUACCUGCCUCCCGAAUUAUAUUGGCACCCCACCUAACUGCCGCCCAGAAUGUAUUGUGAACAGUGAAUGUUCUAAGGAAUUAGCAUGCAUUAAUCAAAAAUGUGCAUCUCCGUGCACAGAUACUUGUGGAAUCAAUACUCAAUGCAGAGUUAUCAAUCACAGUCCCAUUUGUAGUUGUAAUUCUGGUUAUACUGGAGAUCCUUUUACCAAAUGUUUCCCUGCUCCAUUCCAACUUCCACGAGAUGAAAUUAUACCAAAAGAGCCUUGCAUACCUUCUCCUUGUGGAAUAUAUGCAGAAUGCAGAAAUAUUGGUGGUACAGCAUCCUGUUCGUGUUUACCAAAUUACAUUGGAGCCCCACCCAAUUGUAGACCGGAAUGCCGUGUAAAUUUCGACUGUCCCAAGAAUCUAGCUUGCAUUAAAGAAAAGUGCAAAGAUCCUUGUUUAGGAUCUUGUGAUAUUACUUCUCUUUGUAAUGUUUAUAAUCACAUAUCAAUAUGUGUCUGUCCUGAAGGAUUUACUGGAGAUCCUUUUAAUAACUGUUAUCCUAGUCCAACAAUACCACCAACAGAACUCAGUAUCACAGAUCUUUGCGCGACAACAAUAUGUGGACCAAAUACGCAAUGUAGUGAUGGUAUUUGCAAAUGUUUAGCAGAAUAUCAAGGUGACCCUUAUAUUGGUUGUCGCCCCGAAUGUACUUUAAAUACUGAUUGUCCACAAAAUCGAGCUUGCAUACGUAAUAAAUGCGUCGAUCCAUGUCCAGGAGUUUGUGGUCAAAAUGCACAGUGUAUUGCAUAUAAUCAUAUUCCUAUGUGUAGUUGUCCAUCUGGUAUGACCGGAAAUGCUUUCGUGCGUUGUCUUGUCCUUGAAGAUCCUGUAAAGCAGAACCCUUGUGUGCCUUCACCUUGUGGGCCAAAUAGUAUUUGUCGUGAAAUAAGAGAACAGGCUGUUUGCUCUUGUGUAUCGGGAUUUCUUGGUGCACCACCUGCUUGCAGACCAGAGUGUACUAUUAGUUCUGAUUGUCAACUUACAGAAGCUUGCAGUAAUCAAAAAUGUAUCAAUCCUUGUCUUGGUUCGUGUGGCUUUAAAGCCAUAUGUCAUGUGAUCAAUCACAACCCUCUUUGUAGUUGUCCACCAGAAAUGACUGGUGAUCCAUUUGUACAAUGUCUUAUAAAACCACCUGAACCUGUAAUACCAGAAAAUCCGUGUCAACCAUCUCCUUGUGGUGCUAAUUCUGUAUGUCAAGUAAUAAACGAUGCACCUUCUUGUGCGUGUCUAUCAGAAUAUAUAGGCUCUCCACCUAAUUGUAGACCAGAAUGUAUCAGUAAUAGCGAAUGCCGAAGUAAUUUAGCAUGCAUGGGACGUAAAUGCAAAGAUCCUUGUAUCAAAUCUUGUGGCAUAAAUGCAGAGUGUCGUGUAGUUAGUCAUACACCAAUGUGUAUUUGUCCUGUCGAUUAUACAGGCGAUCCAUUUAUUCAGUGUAUGAAAAAUACACUUAUUACAACUGAAUUAUCACCGUGCGAACCAUCACCUUGUAGUUACAAUGCUAUUUGUACAGAACGAAACAGUGUAGGUGCUUGUUCUUGUUUACCAAAUUAUAUUGGUAAUCCCUAUGAAGGUUGUCGACCAGAAUGUAUAGUUGAUACAGAUUGUGCAUCUAGUCUCACUUGUAUACAAUCAAAAUGUCAGAAUCCUUGUCCAGGCACUUGUGGUCAAAAUGCUGAAUGUCAAGUGAUUAAUCAUCAUCCUUCUUGUUCUUGUAUCUCUGGAUAUACUGGAAAUCCUUUCCAAUAUUGCGCCAAAUUUGAUCAAGAAAUAGAAUACAAAGAUCCAUGUAAUCCAUCACCUUGUGGACCAAAUAGUCGCUGCCGUUCUGUCAAUAAACAAGGAAUAUGCUCUUGUUUACCAGAAUAUAUUGGUAACCCUCCAAAUUGUCGCCCUCAGUGUGUCAUAAAUUCAGAAUGUCCGUCAAAUCGUGCCUGCAUGAAUCAAAAGUGUAUAGACCCUUGUUUGAAUGCUUGUGGUACAGCAGCUACAUGUACUGUCAUCAAUCAUAGUCCAAUUUGUGCUUGUCAACAAGGUUUUACUGGAGAACCAUUCACAAGAUGUUUCUCCUUACCACAAUCUUUACCAUCACCUAUACACGAACCUGACCCAUGUUUGCCAUCUCCAUGUGGCCCAUACGCAGAAUGUCGUGUUAUUAAUGGAGGCCCUUCUUGUCAAUGUUCUCCUACUUAUAUCGGAAGUCCUCCUAAUUGUAGACCAGAAUGUACAGUGAAUUCAGAUUGCUCUAGUAACAAAGCUUGUAUUAAACAACGUUGUGUUGAUCCUUGCUUAGGUUCUUGUGGAAUAGGAACUCAAUGUACAGUUGUGAAUCACAUUCCAAUGUGUACAUGUCUUCAAGAUUAUACAGGAGAUCCAUUUUCGAAUUGUUAUCCUUCUCCAGCACCUUUACCGUCACCAGAAAAAGAUCCAUGUAAUCCAUCACCUUGUGGACCAAAUGCUUUAUGUAAUGAGGGUAUAUGCAUUUGUUUGGCAAAUUAUCAAGGAAAUCCCUAUAUAAGUUGUCGUCCAGAAUGUGUUCUCAAUAGUGAUUGUCCUAUUACGAGUGCAUGUGUCCGAAAUAAAUGUAUAGAUCCUUGUCCGGGGAUAUGUGGACGAAAUGCUAUUUGUAAUACUUUUAAUCACAUUCCUAUUUGCAGUUGUCCAUCUAAAAUGAGUGGUAAUGCAUUCAUAUCAUGCGAUUUUAUCAAAGAACCAGCACUAUUAAAUCCAUGUAGUCCAUCUCCAUGUGGUCCUAAUAGUCAAUGUAGACCUAUGAAUGGUCAAGCAGUGUGUUCUUGCGUGCCAGGUUAUCUUGGAAGUCCACCUACAUGUAGACCUGAAUGUACCGUUAGUUCAGAUUGUGCAAGAAAUCAAGCAUGUAGUAAUCAGAAGUGCAUUGAUCCAUGCGCUGGAACCUGUGGUCUUAAUGUAUAUUGUCAAGUUAUUAAUCACAAUCCUGUUUGUAAUUGCCCUCCAGCUUAUACGGGUGAUCCAUUUACUAGAUGUGAACCAAUUAUUACUUCUCCGUUACCUCAAGAAGAUCUAUGCCCAGAAUGUCAGUGUGGCCCUAAUUCUCUAUAUCAAACAAUUAAUGGUAAAUCUUCUUGUGCUUGUCAACCUGGUUUCAUUGGGUCUCCACCUAAUUGUAGACCAGAAUGCGUGAGCAAUAGCGAAUGUGCUAGUCACUUGGCUUGUGUUAGUCGUAAAUGUCACGAUCCUUGUCAGGAUUUCUGUGGCUCAAAUACCGAGUGUCGUGUUGUUAGUCACACUGCUAUGUGCGCUUGUCAGAUUGGAUAUACAGGUGAUCCGUUUACAGAAUGCAUACAAAAACGACCUGAUAUUGAACCUGAAACAUUAUCCCCGUGUUUACCAUCACCUUGUGGUUCCAACGCUAUAUGUAAAGAACAAAAUGGAAUAGGAUCUUGUUCAUGUGUAAUAAACUAUAUCGGAAAUCCUUACGAAGGUUGUCGUCCAGAGUGUACGAUAAAUUCGGAUUGUCCAUCCAAUUUAGCUUGCAUAAGAUCUAAAUGUCAAAAUCCUUGUCCUGGUACCUGUGGUCAAAACUCUGAGUGUAGUGUUAUAAGUCAUUUACCAAGCUGUACUUGUAUAUCUGGAUUUACAGGAGAUCCCUUUAAUUAUUGUCAUCCACAGUCACCACCUUUAAUUGUUGCUAAAGAACCAUGUAAUCCCUCUCCUUGUGGACCCAAUAGUCAGUGCCGUGUGAUAAACAAUCAAGCUGUCUGUUCUUGUCUUCCUGAGUAUGUUGGUAGUCCACCAGGUUGUAGACCAGAAUGUGUGUUAAGUUCAGAGUGCUCUCUAAAUCGAGCAUGUAAAAAUAAAAAAUGCGUGGAUCCCUGUAUCGGUACUUGUGGUGUUAAUACAAUUUGUAAGAUUGUGAGUCAUAGUCCAAUUUGCGCUUGUAAAAUCGAUUUUACUGGUGAUCCUUUCACCGUAUGUUUCCCUAUGCCAAAGAAUCCAAUUGUAAUGACACCAAUACAAAAUCCUUGCGUGCCAUCUCCGUGUGGUCCAUAUUCGGAAUGCCGUGAUAUUGGAGGUUUUCCAUCUUGUGCAUGCUUAGUAAAUUAUAUAGGCAGUCCACCCAAUUGUAAACCAGAAUGCACGAUUAACUCCGAAUGUACUAGUGAUAGAGCAUGCAUACAAGAAAAAUGUAGAGAUCCUUGUCCUGGUUCAUGUGGAUUAGGUGCAGUUUGUGAUGUGAUCAAUUAUACGCCAGUUUGUACUUGUCCUAAUGGUUUCACAGGUGAUCCAUUUAAUAAUUGUCAACCAGUGUCAAGCAAACCAAUUGAGGAUACGCAAGCUGACCUUUGUAAUCCUACACCUUGUGGAACAAAUGCAGAAUGCAAUAAUGGUCUAUGUACCUGUUUAUUGGAAUAUCAAGGAGAUCCAUAUACGCUCUGUAGACCUGAAUGUGUUCUUAAUAAUGACUGUUCUUUUGAUAAAGCUUGCAUUCGUAAUAAAUGUAUGGAUCCAUGUCCUGGUACAUGUGGACAGAAUGCAAUAUGUAAUGUAUACAAUCAUAUACCUAUGUGUAGUUGUCCAGAAAGAAUGUCAGGAAAUGCUUUCGUACUUUGUUCAGUUAUGUUAGAUAUUGAGAAGGAUCCUUGCAAACCUUCGCCUUGUGGUCCAAAUAGUCAAUGUCGAAUUAUAAAUAACCAAGCAGUAUGUUCAUGUGUCCAAGGAUAUUUAGGAAGUCCACCAUCAUGCAGACCCGAAUGUGUUCUUAGUUCAGAUUGUUCCCGUAAUUUGGCAUGCAAUAAUCAAAAAUGUAUAGAUCCCUGUCUUGGUAGUUGUGGCAUAAGAACAAAAUGUCAAGUUAUCAAUCACAAUCCUAUAUGUAGUUGUCUAUCAGGGCACACAGGAGAUCCAUUUUCAAAAUGCAGUCCAAUUAUUGAAGAACCAUUACCAGUACCGACUAAUCCAUGUCAAUCGGCAGUUUGUGGUCCAAAUUCUCAAUGUCAGGUUGUGAACGAUUUACCUUCCUGUUCUUGUCUUCCCGAAUUUAUCAGUUCGCCGCCAAAUUGUAGACCUGAAUGUAUCAGUAAUAGUGAAUGUAGCAACAAUCUUGCUUGUAUUAAUCAAAAAUGCAAAGAUCCUUGUCCAGGUUCUUGUGGUUCAAAUGCAGAUUGUCGUGUUGUGAGUCACACUCCUAUGUGUGUUUGUCAUAAUGGAUAUAUUGGUGAUCCAUUCACACAGUGUGUCUUUAAAGAACCUUCAUUGAAUGAUCAAGUUACUCCUUGCACACCAUCACCAUGUGGAUCAAACGCUAUUUGCAAAGAACAAAAUGGUGCAGGUUCUUGUACUUGUUUGUCAGAGUAUAUUGGAAAUCCAUAUGAAGGUUGUCGUCCAGAAUGUAUUCUCAAUUCAGAUUGUACCUCUAAUCUUGCAUGUAUUAAAACAAAAUGUCAGAAUCCUUGCCUUGGAACAUGCGGUCAGAAUACAAUAUGCAACGUAAUUAAUCAUUUACCUACGUGUAUAUGUAUUCUUGGAUAUACAGGAAAUCCAUUCCAAUAUUGUACUCCUGUUUUACAAAUUGAUUCGGUUAAAAAAGAACCUUGUAAGCCAUCUCCAUGCGGUCCUAACAGUCAGUGUCGUGUAAUAAACGAUCAAGCAGUUUGUUCUUGUUUAUUGGAAUAUGUUGGAACUCCUCCAGGAUGUCGCCCAGAAUGUGUUAUGAAUUCGGAAUGUCCAUUUAACAGAGCUUGUGUAAAUCAAAAAUGUGUAGAUCCAUGUCUAAAACUUUGUGGUACAAAUACAAAUUGUAUGGCUUUAAAUCAUAGUCCAAUUUGUACGUGCAAACAAGGAUAUACAGGAGAUCCUUUCACAAAAUGUUUCCUUUUAUCAACACCGUCCAUCAAUCCACCAUCGCCAAAGAAUCCAUGUCUACCGUCCCCUUGUGGACCAUAUGCACAAUGUCGCGAAAUUGGUGGUAUUCCUUCAUGCUCUUGCCUUUCUAAUUACAUUGGUAGUCCACCAAAUUGUAGACCCGAAUGUACUAUUCAUUCUGAUUGUGCCAGUGAUAAAGCUUGUAUCAAUGAGAAAUGUCAGGAUCCUUGUCUCGGAUCUUGCGGUAUUUCAGCCCUUUGUUCAGUUAUCAAUCAUACACCUUCUUGUUCGUGCCCAAAUGAUUAUACCGGGGAUCCAUUCAGUAAUUGUUAUUUCAAACCUGAAGAGAAACCACAAUUAGAAACAGACCCUUGUUCUUCAUCACCUUGUGGUCCAAAUGCAAUUUGUACCGAUGGAAAAUGUAAAUGUUUACCUGAAUAUCAAGGAAAUCCAUAUAUUGGUUGUAAACCCGAAUGCAUACUUAAUGCAGACUGUGAUAUAUCCAAAGCAUGUGUACGAAACAAGUGUAUAGAUCCUUGCCCGGGUACUUGUGGUAAAAAUGCACAAUGUAAUAUUUACAAUCACAUGCCUAUAUGUAAUUGUCUUCCUGGUACGACUGGAAAUGCAUUUGUUUCUUGUCAUGUAAUCACAGGCUCGGAGGAUCCUUGCAAUCCAUCUCCAUGUGGAGCAAAUAGUCAUUGUCGUAUAAUAAAUAACCAACCGGUUUGUUCCUGCAUUAGUAAUUAUAUUGGAAUGCCUCCAUCAUGUAGACCAGAAUGUAUCGUUAGUUCAGAUUGUACUAAAGAUCGAGCUUGUAGUAAUCAGAAAUGCAUAAAUCCAUGUCCUGGAACAUGCGGAAUAAAAGCAACAUGUCAAGUAAUAAAUCAUAAUCCAAUUUGUAGUUGCCUUCAAGGUUUCAUUGGUGAUCCUUUCGUAAGAUGUGAACCAAAACCUGAAAUACCAGAUAAACCUAUAAAUCCAUGUCAACCAUCGCCCUGUGGACCUAAUGCAUUAUGUAAUGUAGUUAAUGAUUCUCCUUCGUGUUCUUGUUUGCCUGAUUUCGUUGGAGUUCCACCCAUGUGUAAACCCGAAUGUAUCAGUAAUAACGAAUGUGCCAAUCAUUUGGCGUGUAUUAAUUUAAAAUGCAAAGAUCCUUGUCCUGGUUCAUGUGGUGUGAGCGCAGAAUGUCGUGUUGUUAGUCACACAGCAAUGUGUGUCUGUCUUGUUGGUUAUACAGGAGAUCCUUUUAUUCAAUGUGUUGAAAAACAACUUGAUGUGCCAUCUGUCACAGCCACUCCUUGUGUACCAUCGCCAUGUGGAUCAAACGCAAUUUGCAAAGAACAAUCAGGAGUAGGUUCUUGUACUUGUUUACCAGAUUACAUAGGUAAUCCUUAUGAAGGCUGCCGUCCAGAAUGUGUAAUGAAUUCUGACUGUCCACCUACUCUUUCUUGCAUUGGAUCCAAAUGUCGAAACCCUUGCCCUGGUGCAUGUGGAAUUAAUGCUGAGUGUCAAGUUGUUAAUCAUUUGCCAUCAUGUUCUUGUUUCUCUGGUUAUACCGGUCAACCUUAUGAAUUCUGUUUUUUGAUACAAAAUGAACCAGAGAAACCAUCAAAUCCUUGUUCUCCAUCACCUUGUGGACCAAACAGUCAAUGUAGAGUUAUUAAUGAUCAAGCAGUUUGUUCUUGUUUACCUGAAUAUGUUGGUAGUCCACCAGGAUGUCGACCAGAAUGUGUUGGUAGUUCUGAAUGUCCUUUGCAACAAGCAUGUGUGAAUCAGAAAUGUAUUAAUCCAUGUCCAGGUCCAUGUGGUUUAAAUACUGACUGUAAUGUCAUUCAUCAUAGCCCUAUAUGUGCCUGCAAACAAAUGUUUACAGGAGAUCCAUUUACCCAAUGUUUCCCGAUGCAAAAACCCAUUCUUACACCAAUGCCUGUUUUAAAUCCAUGUAUCCCUUCACCUUGUGGACCGAAUUCUGAAUGUCGUGAUAUUGGUAAUUUACCAUCAUGCUCUUGUAUGCAAGAUUAUAUCGGCAGCCCACCAAAUUGUCGUGCUGAAUGCACUAUUCACUCAGACUGUUCGACUGAUAAAGCUUGUAUCAGACAAAAAUGUAAAGAUCCUUGUCCAGGAUCAUGUGGGAGUAAUGCAGAAUGUAGCGUUUUUAAUCAUAUUCCAGCAUGUAGUUGUUUACAUGGAUUUACUGGAGAUCCAUAUACCAAUUGUUAUCAAAAGAUUACACCAUCAUAUGAGCAAUCUCCUGAGGAUAAAUGCAAUCCUUCACCAUGCGGAGCAAACGCAAAAUGUGACGAUGGUGUCUGCUCAUGUUUAUCUGAAUUUAGUGGUAAUCCUUAUAUAGCGUGUCGUCCAGAAUGUGUUUUAAAUACAGAUUGUCCUACGGAUAAAGCAUGUGUACGCAACAAAUGUGUCAAUCCUUGUAUUGGUACAUGUGGACAAAAUGCUAUUUGUACGGUUUUCAAUCACAUUCCUAUGUGCAGUUGUGCACCUAAAACAAGUGGAAAUGCUUUUGUUAUCUGCCUACCUAUUAAAGAACCUACAGUAUCAGAUAAUCCAUGUAACCCAUCACCGUGUGGUCCAAAUAGUUAUUGUAGAACAAUAAAUGCACAAGCAGUUUGUUCUUGUAUUGCUGGAUAUAAAGGAAGUCCACCAUCAUGUCGACCCGAGUGUAUUGUUAGUUCUGAUUGUGAUAAAGAUAAAGCUUGCAGUAAUUUGCAAUGUAUUAAUCCUUGCAUAGGUACAUGCGGGCUUGGUGCACAAUGUCGUGUUGUAAAUCAUAAUCCCAUUUGUAGUUGUCUUCCAAAUUUAUCUGGUGAUCCAUUCGUAAGAUGCGAUCCAAUAUUGGAGACAGUUUUCAUAAAUCCAUGCAAACCAUCCCCAUGUGGUCUGAAUGCUUUAUGUCAAGUAAUAAAUAAUUCUUCAUCAUGUGCCUGCAUGGAAGAAUAUUUAGGAUCUCCACCAAAUUGUCGUCCUGAAUGCAUUAGCAAUGCUGAAUGCUCUAGUCGAUUAGCUUGCAUAAAUCAGAAAUGUAAAGAUCCUUGCCCUGGUUCUUGUGGACCAAAUGCAGAAUGUCGAGUUGUAAGUCAUACACCAAUGUGUGCUUGUUCUGAAGGUUAUACUGGAGAUCCUUUCAUAGAAUGUAACAUACAACCACUUAUUCCUACCUCCCCUUGCACGCCAUCUCCGUGCGGUCCGAAUGCCAUUUGUAAGGAGCAAAACGAUGUUGGUUCGUGUACAUGUUUACCAGAAUUUAUUGGCAAUCCAUAUGAGGGAUGUCGACCAGAGUGUGUAAUUAAUUCUGAUUGUUCAUCAAAUCUUGGUUGCAUACGAUCUAAGUGUCAAAACCCAUGCCCUGGAACUUGCGGACCAAAUUCUAAUUGUCAAGUUAUAAAUCAUUUACCUACUUGCACUUGCAUUCCUGGAUUUACAGGAGAUCCAUUCCGUUAUUGUCAACAGAUUCAAGAAAAGGAAGAAGAUCAUACAAAUCCAUGUGACCCAAAUCCUUGUGGCCCAAAUAGUCAAUGUCGUGUUAGUUCAGGCAAUGUUGUUUGCUCUUGUCUUCCCGAGUAUAGUGGAAUUCCACCCUCAUGUCGUCCGGAAUGUGUUAUGAGCUCUGAAUGUCCUUCCAAUAAAGCUUGCGUAAAUACAAAAUGCAUAAAUCCGUGUGUUCAAGCAUGUGGACAAAAUACAGAAUGUUCUGUUAUCAAUCAUAAUCCUAUUUGUAUAUGUAAAAGUGGACUUACAGGCGAUCCAUUAACAAAAUGUUUCCCUAAUUUACCUUUGUCACCUGUCUUACCAAUGAACCCGUGCAUACCAUCACCAUGUGGACCAUAUUCUGAAUGUCGAAAUAAUGCUGGAAUACCUUCUUGCUCAUGUUUAUCUACAUAUAUUGGUAUUCCACCUUAUUGUCGACCAGAAUGUGUUAUAAAUUCUGAUUGUCCUAGUGAUAAAUCAUGCAUAAGGGAAAAAUGUUUAGAUCCAUGUCCUGGCUCUUGUGGCACAUUUGCCCAAUGUUCAGUUUUUAAUCAUAUUCCUAUUUGUACUUGCCUAGAUGGCUAUACAGGAGAUCCAUUUAGUAAUUGUAUAUUGCAACCAUCAACACCUAGUAUACCAGUUGACUUGUGUAAUCCUUCACCAUGUGGUCCAAAUACAGACUGUAAUGAAGGCAAAUGCACUUGUUUGGUAGAAUAUAAAGGAGAUCCUUAUGUGGGCUGUCGACCUGAAUGUGUUCUUAAUACAGACUGUCCUUUGGAUAAAGCAUGUUUGAGAAACAAAUGUAUCGAUCCAUGUAUUGGUACUUGUGGUCAAAAUGCACUUUGUAAUAUUUAUAAUCAUAUACCAAUGUGCACUUGUCCUAUUGGUAUGACAGGGAAUGCGUUUUUAUCAUGUUUACCAUUCAGAGAUCCUAUUGUAAUUAAUCCUUGUAAUCCAACACCGUGUGGACCGAACAGUCAGUGUCGAGAAAUCAAUGGUCAGGCAGUUUGUACUUGUCUUCUUGGCUUUUUGGGAAGUCCGCCUACAUGUAGGCCAGAAUGUAUAACUAGUACAGAUUGUAAUCCAAGUGAAGCAUGUAUUAAUCAAAAAUGUAGAAAUCCUUGCGUUGGUACUUGCGGUAUUAGAGCUAUUUGUCAAGUGGUAAAUCACAAUCCAAUUUGUAGUUGUCCAACUAGUUUAAGCGGUGAUCCAUUCGUCAGAUGUAUACCAAGACCUGAGAUACCAUUGAUACAAAAGAAUCCAUGUACACCAUCUCCUUGUGGUCCAAAUGCUCAAUGUCAAGUAAUUAAUGAUACACCAUCGUGUUCCUGUCUAUCAGAAUUUAUUGGUACUCCUCCAAAUUGUAGACCAGAAUGUGUAAGCAAUAAUGAAUGCAAUAAUAAUUUGGCAUGUAUCAAUCAAAAGUGCAAAGAUCCUUGUCCUGGAUUAUGUGGAACUAAUUCCGAAUGUCGUACUGUAUCACAUAUACCAAUGUGUACUUGUACUGUCGGUUAUACCGGCGAUCCUUUCACUCAGUGUAUCAAUAUUGUACAACCACAUAUACCAAUGUACAUACCACAAGUUUGUGUUCCAUCCCCCUGUGGAGCUAAUGCGAUUUGUAAAGAGAGAAAUGGAGUAGGUUCUUGUAUUUGUCUAUCAAAUUAUAUCGGCAAUCCCUAUGAAGGCUGUCGUCCAGAAUGUACUAUUAAUUCAGAUUGCAUACCAAGUAAAGCAUGUGUUCAAUCACGUUGUCAAGAUCCUUGCCCUGGUACUUGUGGUCAGAAUGCUAUUUGUCAAGUUGUUAAUCAUAUAGCAAUAUGUACAUGCAUUCCGAAAUUUACUGGCGAUCCAUUCCGAUAUUGUUUCGAAGAACCUACAACAGAACUUUCAUCAGACAUAAAUAAUCCUUGUCAACCAUCUCCAUGUGGACCGAAUAGUAUAUGUCGAGAAAAUAAUGGACAAGCAGUUUGUACUUGUUUAGCAGAAUAUGUUGGUUCUCCACCUGGAUGUAGACCAGAAUGUGUUGCAAGUACAGAAUGUGCUCUUAAUCGUGCAUGUGUAAAUCGAAAAUGUAUCGAUCCAUGUCCAAAUUCUUGUGGCAAGAAUGCACUAUGUAGAGUCAUCAAUCAUAGUCCGUUGUGUUCUUGUCAAGCAGGAUUUACUGGAGAUCCAUUCUCAAUUUGUUUCCAACUUCCACGACCAUUAGAACAAGCACAAACCCCGAUUCAAAAAGAUCCAUGUCUCCCAUCACCCUGUGGACCAAAUUCAGAAUGUCGUAGCAUUAAGGGAAAUCCAUCUUGCUCUUGUCUAUCUACAUUUAUUGGCACCCCGCCUAAUUGUAGACCUGAAUGUACAAUACAUUCUGAAUGUCCUAGUCAUCUUGCUUGCGUACGUACAAAAUGUUCGGACCCUUGUCCAGGUUCAUGUGGAAUUGAAGCUAAUUGUGCUGUAGUAAAUCAUAUUCCAAUUUGUACUUGUCCCGAAGGAUAUACUGGUGAUCCAUUCAGUAUUUGUAUUCUAAAACAGUCUACACCUGUAGAAACUGUUGAUUCCUGCAAUCCUACACCAUGUGGAUCAAAUACAAAUUGCUUAAAUGGCAUUUGUACAUGUAUAUCUGAAUACGAAGGUGAUCCAUAUAUCGGUUGUCGACCAGAAUGUAUAUCAAAUACAGAAUGUACACGAGUAAAAGCAUGUAUUCGCAACAAAUGUGUCGAUCCAUGUAUAGGAACAUGUGGUUACAAUGCAGAAUGUACAGUUAUCAAUCAUGUACCAAUGUGCAACUGUCCAAUAGGAAUGACUGGAAAUGCUUUCAUUACUUGUAAUCCACAACAGGAUGAUAUAGUAACUCGUCCUUGCAUACCUUCUCCAUGCGGACCUAAUAGUCAAUGUCAAGAAAUAAAUGGUGUAGCUGUUUGCAAAUGUAUACCAAAUUAUAUUGGAAAUCCACCAACGUGUCGUCCAGAAUGUACUCUUAGUUCUGAUUGCGAUCAAACUAAAGCUUGUAUUAAUCAAAAAUGUGAAAAUCCAUGUCCAGGCUCAUGUGGAUUGAAAGCUGAAUGUUCAGUCGUAAAUCAUAAUCCAAUUUGUACUUGUCGUCAAAGUUAUACUGGUGAUCCAUUCACUGCAUGUAGCGUAAUAGUUGAAAUACCCUCUACACCUAUUAAUCCUUGCUAUCCAUCUCCAUGUGGUUUAAAUGCUCAAUGCCAAGUUAUAAAUCAAACACCCUCGUGUUCUUGUCUACCUGAAUUUUUGGGAUCACCACCUAAAUGUAAACCAGAAUGUACCACAAAUAGUGAUUGCCCAAGCCGACUUUCAUGUAUUAACAGAAAAUGUAAAGAUCCCUGUCCCGGUUUAUGCGGUACAAAUGCAGAAUGUUAUGUCAAUAAUCAUAUAUCUACUUGUACAUGUAGUUCUGGAUUUACUGGAGAUCCAUUCCUUCAAUGUACACCAGUUCAAAUCGUAGAACCAAUAGCAUCACCAUGUACACCUUCACCUUGUGGGGCAAACGCAAUAUGCAAAGAACAAUCAGGAGUAGGUUCUUGUACUUGUUUGUCAAAUUAUAUAGGCAAUCCAUAUGAAGGUUGUAGGCCCGAAUGUGUUAUGAAUUCAGAUUGCCCUGCAAAUCGUGCUUGUAUACGAUCUAAAUGUCAAGAUCCUUGUCCUGGUGCAUGUGGUCAAAAUUCACUUUGUCAAGUUAUUAAUCAUGCUCCAACUUGUAUAUGUAUACAAGGAUAUACAGGCGAUCCAUUCCGUUCCUGUAGUCUUAUUACAGAAUAUCCUGUAAUUGAGAAAGAUGAUCCUUGUAAUCCAUCACCUUGCGGGCCAAACAGUGAAUGUCGUAAAAAUGAUAAUCAGGCAGUUUGCUCAUGUCUUCCGAAUUAUAUUGGUACUCCACCAGCUUGUAGACCUGAGUGUAUAGUGAGUACAGAAUGCCCAUUGAAUAAAGCUUGUGUCAAGCAAAAAUGCAUUGAUCCUUGUCCGGAUCUAUGUGGCGUUAACACUGAUUGUAGAGUUAUCAAUCAUAGUCCAAUUUGCAUUUGCAAAAAUGGUUAUACAGGAGAUCCUUUUACCGCUUGCUUCUAUUUAAGUGUUCCACCAGAAAAAAUACCAGAUGUUCAACAGGAUCCUUGCUUACCAUCACCAUGUGGUCCCAAUUCUUUAUGCCAGCCUGUUGGUCAAAUACCCUCUUGUACUUGUUUACCAAAUUAUUUUGGUAGUCCACCAAAUUGUCGACCUGAAUGUACAAUUAAUUCAGAAUGUUCCAGUAACAAAGCAUGCAUACAAAAUAAAUGUAUAGAUCCAUGUCCAGGAUCUUGUGGUUUUAAUGCCAAAUGUACAAUGUUCAAUCAUUUACCGACAUGUUCCUGUUUUGAUGGAUACACGGGCGAUCCAUUUGAUAAUUGUUAUCAGCGACCACUACCACAAUCAGAUGAAAUAGAUGCUUGUAAUCCAUCUCCUUGUGGUAUUAAUACACAAUGUGAAAAUGGUAUCUGUUCUUGUUUAUCUGAAUAUUUCGGAGACCCUACAAUAGGAUGUCGCCCAGAAUGUGUUCUCAAUUCAGAUUGUGCUCGUGAUAAAGCAUGCAUUAAUAAUAAAUGCAAAGAUCCUUGUGUAGGAACUUGUGCAAGCAAUGCAUUAUGUAACGUCAUCAAUCACAUUCCAAUGUGUAGCUGCCCAUUAAAUUAUGAAGGAAACGCUUUUGUAUAUUGUCAUUCCGUUCAAGCUUCUAUUCUAUCUUCACCGUGUACACCAUCACCUUGUGGACCAAAUAGUCAGUGUCGUACUAGUAAUGGUCAGGCAGUAUGUAGUUGUGUUUCUGGUUAUAUUGGAACUCCGCCUAUGUGUAGGCCUGAAUGUAUAGUUAGUACAGAAUGUCCACCUAACGAGGCAUGUACAAAUCAAAAAUGUAGAAAUCCUUGUAUUGGAAGUUGUGGUAUUGCUGCUAAAUGUAUAGUGAAAAAUCAUAAUCCUGUGUGUUAUUGUUCGGAACGUUAUACAGGAGAUCCAUUUGUUCAAUGCAGUCCAAUUCCGGAAUUACCACCAGUACAAUUGAAUCAUUGUCAACCAACACCUUGUGGACCAAACAGUAUAUGUCAAAUAAUCAAUGAUUCGCCAUCAUGUUCUUGUUUGUUAAAUUAUGUUGGUUCUCCACCACAAUGUAGACCUGAAUGUAUCAGCAAUAGUGAAUGUCUUAGUCAUCAGGCAUGUAUAAAUCAAAAAUGCAAAGAUCCAUGCACUGAUUCGUGCGGAAUUAAUGCAGAAUGUCGAACAAUUAGUCACACUCCAAUGUGUUUCUGUCCUGUUGGAUAUACUGGAGAUCCUUUUGUACAAUGUAUUACUAAACCAAUCGAAGGUGAUUUGAUGCAAAUAAAUCCAUGUUUACCAUCACCAUGUGGUCCGAAUGCUGUAUGCACUCAGCGCAAUAGUGCAGGCUCGUGUACUUGUCUUUCUACUUAUACUGGAAAUCCAUAUGAAGGAUGUAGACCCGAAUGCGUCCUAAAUUCUGAUUGUAUACAGAGUAAAGCAUGCACCAACUCCAAAUGUAUAGAUCCAUGUCCUGGAACUUGUGGUACAAAUGCAAAUUGUAAUGUUGUAAAUCAUAUUGCAUCAUGUUCUUGUCUUCCUUCUUAUACCGGUGAUCCAUACCGAUAUUGCUUCAUGAAAGAAAUGGAUACUGACAUAGACAAAACUAAUCCAUGUAGUAAUACAGAAUGUGGUCCAAAUAGUAAAUGUAGAGUGGUUAAUGAAGUAGCUGUAUGUUCUUGUUUGCCAACAUAUGUUGGUAGACCACCUAUGUGUAGACCUGAAUGUGUUUCAAAUUCUGACUGUCCUGCAACUCAGUCAUGUGUAAAACAAAAGUGUACGAAUUUGUGUCCAAUCUCCUGUGGAUUACAUACUGAUUGUAGAGUUAUCAAUCAUGCAGCUUUAUGCAACUGUGCUGUGGGCUAUACUGGUGAUCCAUUUACAGUUUGUUUCCCAAUACCUUUGACAGUACCUACACAGCAAGAUAUUGCUCCAAAAGACCCUUGCAUUCCAUCUCCAUGUGGUCCCUAUGCAGAAUGUCAGAAUAUAGGAGGAUUAUCAUCUUGUGCUUGCUUAUCGACAUACAUAGGUAGUCCACCAAACUGUCGACCAGAAUGCACUGUUAAUUCUGAUUGCUCUUCGAAUAAUGCUUGUAUACAACAAAAGUGUAAAGAUCCUUGCCCAGGAUCAUGUGGUAUCAUGUCAGAAUGUAAAAUUCUCAAUCACAUUCCAAUUUGUUCUUGCAUUAACGGAUACACUGGCGAUCCUUUUAGAUCCUGUUAUCCUCAAGAACCCGAACCACUAUACGUGGAUCCAUGCGCAACAUCUCCAUGUGGAGCUAAUGCAAAAUGUAUAGAUGGUGCCUGUACUUGUUUAGAUGAGUAUUUCGGUGAUCCAUAUGCUGGUUGUCGUCCAGAAUGCAUUUUAAAUACUGAUUGUGUUUUAACGAAAGCAUGUGUACGAAAUAAAUGUGUUGAUCCAUGUAUUGGAACUUGCGGGCAAAAUGCUUUAUGCAACAUUUAUAAUCAUGUUCCAAUGUGCAGUUGCCCAUUGGGAAUGUCAGGAAAUGCAUUUGUAUUAUGUUCACCUAUCCAAGCACCUUUAGAGACUGAUCCAUGCAAUCCGUCCCCUUGUGGACCCAAUAGUCUUUGUAGACAGUAUAAUGUGCAUGCCACAUGCACUUGCAUUAAAGGUUACAUAGGUGCACCACCAACUUGUCGACCAGAAUGUGUCGUUAGUUCAGAUUGUGCACCGAAUGAAGCGUGCAGUAAUCAGAAAUGUAUCGAUCCAUGUCCUGGAAGUUGUGGUCGCAAUACUAUUUGCGAUGUAAUUAAUCACAAUCCCAUUUGUUCAUGCCUCUCAGGAAUGUCCGGUGAUCCAUUUAUUAAUUGUUCUCCAAUUCCAACGAAGCCUGAAAUUCCAAUCAAUCCAUGUUUACCAUCACCAUGUGGUCCAAAUGCAAGAUGCGAAGUAAUCAAUGAAAAUCCAUCAUGCUCCUGUUUAUCUGAAUUCAUUGGAUCUCCUCCAAAUUGUCGUCCAGAGUGUAUUAGUAAUUCUGAAUGUUCAAGUCGGUUGGCAUGUAUCAAUCAGAAAUGUAAAGAUCCUUGUAUUGGCUCAUGUGGUAUCAAUGCCAUAUGUAACGUAGUAAGUCAUACGCCAAUGUGUGCAUGUUCCACUGGUUACACCGGUGAUCCUUUUACUCAGUGUUCACCAGAGCAAUUUGAUAUACAAACGGAUAGACCUACAGCAUGUUCACCAUCUCCAUGUGGUGCAAAUGCAAUAUGUCGUGAGCAACACAAUACUGGCUCUUGUACAUGCUUAUCAGAGUACAUUGGUAAUCCUUAUGAAGGAUGUAGACCAGAAUGUAUCCUUAAUUCUGAUUGUCCAUCAAACAAAGCUUGUAUCAACAUGAAAUGUAAAGAUCCUUGCCCUGGAAUGUGUGCUCCAAAUGCUAAUUGUUACGUGAUUAAUCAUGCAGCAACUUGUACUUGCUUUGAACAUUAUACUGGUGAUCCUUUCGUAAAUUGCAAUCCCAUAUUACCUACACAAACAGAUUCUGUCGAUGCAUGUCAAUCUAAUUUGUGUGGUCCUUACGCUCAGUGCAAGGAGAAUAAUGGACAAGUAUCCUGCACUUGUUUACCAACUUAUUUAGGUGUACCGCCUAAUUGUAGACCAGAAUGCACAAUUAGUACUGACUGUCCAACAAAUCGAGCAUGUAGAAAUACAAAAUGCAUUGAUCCUUGCCUUGAUUCUUGUGGUCUCUAUACUACAUGUAGAGUGAUCAAUCACAAUCCCAUAUGUUCUUGUAGACAUGGAUAUACAGGCGAUCCAUUUACUAUCUGCAUUUUCCUAUCACCGAUACCACAUUAUGAACCUGAUAAAGAUCCUUGUAUUCCAUCACCAUGUGGUCCAAAUUCGCAUUGUCGUAACAUCAAUGGAUCUCCAUCAUGCUCUUGUAUGCAAAAUUAUAUUGGUUCUGCGCCACAAUGUAGACCUGAAUGCGUAACAUCUAUUGAUUGUGCAAGUAAUUUAGCUUGUAUACAGCAGAAGUGUCAAGAUCCUUGUCCUGGAUCUUGUGGUCUCAAUGCUGUUUGCACAGUUCAUAAUCAUUUACCAAUUUGCUCAUGCUUGGAAAGUUACACAGGAGAUCCAUUUGUUAGCUGCCAAUAUAAACCCAUAUCUCAAAGCCCAUUGGAAAAUAAUUUCUGCAGUGCGUGUGGUCCUAAUAGUGAAUGCAAACAAGACACAUGUGUUUGUAUGCCGGAAUAUCACGGUGAUCCUUACACAGGUUGUCGACCAGAAUGUGUACUGAGUACAGAUUGUGCGAUAAAUAAGGCUUGCAUUCGAAACAAAUGUAUAGAUCCUUGUCUUCAUACUUGUGGACAAAACGCUAUUUGUAAUGUUUUCAAUCAUAUUCCUAUGUGUAGUUGUCCAUAUGGUACAACUGGUAAUGCCCUUAUUUCAUGUCAAACUAUCAAAGCUCCGGCUGUUAAAACACCGUGUCAACCAUCGCCAUGUGGUCCAAAUAGUAUUUGUCAAACUUUCAAUGAUCAAGCUAUAUGUGCUUGCUUACCGAAUUAUCUCGGAACACCACCAUUGUGUAGGCCAGAAUGUACCAUAAAUUCGGACUGUAGACCAAAUCAAGUUUGUAAAAAUCAGAAAUGUAAAGACCCUUGCCUAGGAACAUGUGGUUUGCAAGCGAAAUGUAUUGUAGUCAACCAUAAUCCAAUUUGCUCCUGUCCCGAACGCUAUACAGGAAAUCCUUUCAUCAAAUGCGAUAUUAUAAACGAAAUUAUCAUACCAGUAGUAAAUCCUUGCCAACCAUCACCAUGUGGCCCGUACGCUCUCUGUCAAGUUGUCAAUGAAUUGUCCUCUUGCUCAUGCCUUCCUGAAUAUAAAGGCACACCACCAAACUGUAAACCUGAGUGCAUAUCUAAUUCUGAGUGCCCCGCCAACCAAGUUUGUGUACAACAAAAGUGUACAAAUCCAUGCCCAAGUUUAUGCGGUACAAACGCAGAAUGCCAUGUUGUCCAUCACAUUGUACAUUGCGUAUGUCCGAACAGUUAUACCGGAGACCCUUAUACUAGCUGUUCAUUUAUAAUACAUCGUCCAGAACCAUCUCCCUGUUCCGGAAAUAUUUGCGGUACGAACGCUAUAUGUAAAGAACAGAAUAAUGUUGGUGUUUGUUAUUGCCCAUCUGAUUAUAUUGGUAAUCCAUACGAAGAGUGUAGACCCGCAUGUGUUAUCAAUCCUGAUUGCCCGUCUAAUCAAAUGUGUGCACAAAAUAAAUGUCAAGAUCCUUGUCCCGGCAUGUGUGGACAAAACGCAGAAUGCGCGAUUGUUAAUCACCAACCAUUCUGUACUUGUCGAACAGGAUACACUGGCGAUCCAUUCUCUUUCUGUACUCUUGAUACAAUUACGGAAGAAAGAAAUGUUUGUUCUCCGUCACCUUGUGGUCCUAAUAGCCAAUGCAAAGAUGUAUCUGGACAACCAGUAUGUUCCUGUUUACCAACGUAUGUUGGUAAUCCACCUGGCUGUCGACCUGAAUGUGUUGUUAGUUCCGAUUGUCCAUCUCAACUAGCAUGCAAGGAUCACAAAUGUAUCAAUCCUUGCCCAAGUCCAUGUGGAUUAAAUACAAAAUGUAUUGUUGUCAAUCACAGUCCAAUUUGUAGUUGUGCACCUGGAUAUAGCGGUAAUCCUUUCACAGUGUGCACAAUCAUACCAUCUGUAACAAUGCCUGAUGUUAUUGAAAAAGACCCUUGUGUACCAUCCCCUUGCGGCCGUUUCUCUCAAUGUAAAAGUAUUGGUAGUACACCUGCAUGUACAUGUUUAGAAACAUAUAUUGGACAGCCACCAAAUUGCAAACCUGAAUGUACCAUAAAUUCCGAAUGCCCAAGCGACAAAGCUUGCUUUGAAACAAGAUGUAGAGAUCCCUGUCCAGGUUCAUGUGGUUCAGAUGCUAUUUGUGCUGUAGUUAAUCAUAUCCCAAUGUGUACGUGUCCCACAGGAUACACCGGAGAUCCAUUCACACUUUGCCGUUUAUUACCUACAACACCCACGCCAGUUGUACCUGCUGAUUUAUGUAAUCCAUCGCCAUGUGGUCCAAAUGCGAAAUGUUCCAAUGGUACCUGUACUUGUUUACCAGAUUUCCAAGGCAAUCCAUAUCUAGAAUGUCGCCCUGAAUGUGUCUUAAAUACAGAUUGCCCAAGAGAUCAAGCCUGUUCUAGAAACAAAUGUAUAAAUCCAUGUAUGGGAGCUUGUGCAGCUAAUGCCAUAUGUAAUGUUAUCAAUCAUAUACCCAUGUGUAGUUGCCCUGAAAGUAUGACUGGCAAUGCAUUUAGUCAAUGCAUUCCUGUACAAGGUAUGCCUCCUGUUAAUCCAUGCAGUCCUGGACCUUGUGGUCCUAAUAGUGAAUGUCGUGUAGUAAAUGGACAAGCUGUAUGUUCUUGCAUAAAAGGAUAUUUAGGAAUUCCACCAACUUGUAGACCAGAAUGUAUAGUGAGCACUGAUUGUCCACAAAAUGAAGCUUGCAAUAAUCAAAAAUGUGUAGACCCUUGUCCUGGAUCUUGUGGUAUAGAAGCCUUAUGCAAUGUUGUUAAUCAUAAUCCAAUUUGUAGUUGUCCAUUGCGUUAUACUGGCGAUCCCUUCAUACACUGCAUGAUUUUAUUGGAGCAACUACCAAUAGAUCCGUGUCAACCGUCACCCUGCGGUCCCAAUUCUCAGUGUCAAGUACUUAACAAUUCACCGUCGUGUUCUUGUCUUCCUGAAUUCUCUGGCAGUCCACCAAACUGUAGACCAGAAUGUAUUAAUAAUAACGAAUGCAUUACUCAAUUGGCUUGCAUUAAUCAAAAAUGUAAAGACCCUUGUAUUGGUGCAUGUGGUUCCAAUGCAAAUUGCCAUGUUGUAAGCCAUACACCAAUGUGUACAUGUAUGAGUGGAUAUACUGGAGAUCCUUUCACUCAAUGUACCUUUAAAACGCCUUCACCACUUCCUGAACCAGGACCGUGUGAUCCAUCUCCUUGCGGUUCAAAUGCAAUUUGUAAAGAACUCAAUCGAGUAGGCUCGUGUAUUUGCUUACCUAAUUACAUCGGUAAUCCCUACGAAGGCUGUCGGCCCGAAUGUAUUCUAAAUUCUGACUGUCCUGCAAAUAAGGCUUGUAUUAAUACAAAAUGUACAGACCCUUGUCCUGGAACAUGCGGAUUAAAUGCUGAUUGUCAAGUAAUCAAUCAUUUACCGAUUUGUAAUUGUUAUCCUCGACAUACUGGCAAUCCAUUUACAUCUUGUAUACCAAUAAAAAUAGAUACGCAAGAUGCAAUUAGCAAACCUUGCAAUCCAUCACCCUGUGGACCAAAUAGUGAAUGUCGUGUUGUGAAUGGACAAUCAGUUUGUACCUGUUUACCCGAUUUUAUAGGAGUUCCACCAAGAUGUCGACCUGAAUGUUCGGUUAGUGCCGAAUGUUCUCCUCUCUUAGCCUGUAUAAACAGAAAAUGCAAUGACCCAUGUCCUGGUUCUUGUGGCCUAAAUGCUAGAUGUGAAGUUAUCAACCAUAAUGCUAUAUGUUCCUGUCAAUCAGGAUUUAUGGGUGAUCCACUUGUUUCGUGCUUUAAUAUUCCAACUGAUAUAUCUACUGAAACUCCUCCGCCUUAUAUAAACCCGUGCGUACCCUCACCUUGUGGUCCGUAUUCUGAAUGUCGAGAUGUUAAUGGACAAGCUUCCUGCGCGUGUUCACCAAAUUAUAUAGGAGCACCGCCUAAUUGUCGACCAGAAUGUAUAAACAAUUCAGAUUGCCCAAGUAAUGAAGCCUGUAUUCAAAAGAAGUGUCAGUAUCCUUGUAAUGGCGUAUGUGGAAUAGGAGCAACAUGUUCUGUUAUCAAUCAUAUACCAGUAUGUACCUGUCCAGAUAGAUUCAAUGGUGAUCCAUUUGAUAAAUGUAUUCCAAAAAUUGAGGAUGACAAAACAGAUAAACAAAAUCCAUGUGCACAAUGUGGAGCAAAUACGCAAUGUAUCAGUGAAGUUUGCACUUGCUUACCAGAAUAUAAAGGAGAUCCUUACUUAGGAUGUCGUCCAGAAUGUGUCUUAAAUUUCGAUUGCCCAAGAGAUAAAGCUUGUAUUAAUAAUAAAUGUAAAAAUCCAUGUACAGGAACAUGCGGUCGAGAUGCUCUUUGUAAUGUUGCAAAUCAUAUUCCUAUUUGUACUUGUCCAUUAGGAAUGUCAGGCAAUCCAUUUGUUAUAUGUUCACCUGUAGAAGCACCUGUAUUAAAAGAUCCAUGCAAUCCUUCACCUUGUGGACCAAAUAGUCAAUGCAAAAGAAUAAACGAACAAGCUGUUUGCUCUUGUAUUUCUGGAUAUUUAGAUUCACCGCCAAAUUGUAGACCUGAAUGUAUAAUUAGCUCUGAUUGUUCUUCAAAUAUGGCUUGUAAUAAUCAAAAGUGCAUAGAUCCAUGUCGUGGAACAUGCGGUAUCAGAGCUCAAUGUUUGGUAGUCAAUCACAAUCCAAUUUGUAGUUGCCCUGGAGAUUUAACAGGCGAUCCCUUCACCAUGUGCAUUUUCAUACCAGAAAAACAACCUGUCGUUAUUAAUCUUUGCAAACCGUCACCUUGUGGACCAAACAGUCAGUGUCGUAUCGUAAACGAUGCACCGUCUUGCUCUUGUCUACCAGAAUUCAUAGGAUCUCCACCAAACUGUAAACCAGAAUGUAUUAGCAACAGCCAAUGUUCAACACAAUUGGCUUGUAUCAAUCAGAAAUGCCGAGAUCCAUGUCCAGGUUCUUGUGGUAUUAAUGCAGAAUGUAGAGUAAUAAGUCACACACCUAUGUGCGUAUGUACAUCAGGUUUUGUUGGUGAUCCAUUUGUACAAUGCACUCCUAAACAACUCAAUGAAGAUACAGACACGAAAGUAACACCAUGUCUACCAUCUCCGUGUGGAUCUAAUGCAAUAUGUCGUGAAUCGAAUGGUGUUGGAUCUUGUUCUUGCCUACCAAAUUAUAUUGGAAAUCCUUACGAAGGCUGUCGUCCUGAAUGUAUUAUUAAUAGUGAUUGUAUUGCUGAUCAAGCAUGCAUUCGAUCAAAGUGUCAAAAUCCAUGUUCAGGCUUUUGCGGUCAAAAUUCUGUUUGUCAAGUUGUUAAUCAUGCACCUUUGUGCACUUGUCAAAGUGGAUACACUGGUAAUCCAUUCUUAUAUUGUAAUAUGGUGAAAACCACACCGAAACCAACUGAUCCAUGUGUUCCUUCACCCUGCGGUCUCAAUAGUCAAUGUCGGGUAUCAAAUGAUCAAGCGAUAUGUAGUUGUUUGCCUACUUUCAUUGGAACACCACCUGCUUGUCGUCCAGAAUGUACUGUUAGUUCUGACUGUUCGACAAAUCGUGCAUGUAAAGAUCGUAAAUGUAUAGAUCCCUGUCCCGGAAUUUGUGGUAUUAAUGCAAGAUGUGAAGUUAUCAAUCAUAGCCCGAUCUGUAGUUGCAAAGUAGGUUCAACUGGUGAUCCAUUUGUAAGAUGUUUCGACCUUUCACCUCCACUUAGUCCACAACCUGAACCCAUCAAUCCAUGCAUUCCAUCACCUUGUGGCCCUUUCUCCGUAUGUCAAGAUAUUAAAAACAGUGGAAUAGCUACGUGUACCUGUAUAGACAAUUAUAUCGGCAGUCCACCGAAUUGUCGACCAGAAUGCACAAUAGAUUCUGAAUGUAUUAGUAGUAGAGCAUGUUUGAGACAAAGAUGUACAGAUCCUUGUCUUGGUUCGUGCGGUAUUGGAGCUAAUUGUUAUGUAAUUAAUCAUAUGGCAAUGUGUGUAUGUCCUAAUGGUUAUGCAGGAGAUCCUUUCGUUAAUUGUAUCUUGGAAGCAGAACCUAAACCAACUCCACAAGAUCUUUGUAGUCUGUCGCCAUGUGGUCCAAAUACAAUGUGCCAUAAUGGUACAUGUAUAUGCUUACCAGAAUACCAUGGGGAUCCUUAUUAUGGAUGCCGUCCCGAAUGUGUACAAAAUCCAGAUUGUCUAUUAGAUAAAGCUUGUGUUCGCAAUAAAUGUUCUGAUCCAUGUUCAGAAGCAUGUGGCAAGAAUGCACAAUGUAUAGUAAUAAAUCAUACACCUAUGUGCAGUUGUCCUGAUGGAAUGUCAGGAAAUGCAUUUACUAUAUGUUACCCCGUGAAAGAUCCAGAUAUUGUUCAACCAUGUAAUCCAUCACCAUGCGGACCAAAUAGCCGAUGUCAAGAAUUUAAUGGGCAAGCCGUUUGUUCAUGUGUUCCCGGAUAUAUUGGAAAUCCUCCGGCAUGCCGACCUGAAUGUACUGUUAAUACCGAUUGUUCGUUAAAUGAAGCUUGCAUAAAUAUGAAAUGCAGAGAUCCUUGUCCAGGCUCAUGUGGUAUAUCUUCUCGCUGUCAAGUAAUCAAUCAUAACCCUAUUUGUAGUUGUGCACCCAUAUUUACCGGAGAUCCAUUUGUCCGCUGUAUACCUAAACCCAAUGAAAUACCACCAACUUUAAAUCCUUGUCAACCAACACCUUGUGGUCCUAAUUCUCAUUGUCAAAUUACAAAUAAUGCACCAUCGUGUUCUUGCAAGGAUGGAUUCAUUGGCACACCACCAAAUUGCCGACCUGAAUGUAUUAGUAAUAGUGAAUGUAGUAACUACUUAUCAUGUAUCAAUCACAAAUGCAUUGAUCCAUGUCCAAGUUCAUGUGGUGUAAAUGCAGAAUGUCACGUAUUAAAUCAUAUACCAAUGUGUACUUGCCUUUACGGCUAUACCGGUGAUCCCUUUAUACAAUGCACAGUUAAACAGACUGAAUCACCACAAUUGGAUCAACCAUGUCAACCUUCUCCUUGUGGAGUAAAUGCAGUUUGUAGAAAACUUCAAGGAGUUGCUACUUGUUCAUGUUUACCUGAAUAUAUAGGAAAUCCUUACGAGGGAUGUCGCCCCGAAUGUUCGAUCAACUCUGACUGUCCUUCUCAUUUAGCCUGUGUUAGAUCAAAAUGUCAAAACCCAUGUCCUGGUACUUGUGGUUCCAAUGCAGACUGUCAAGUUGUCAAUCAUUUACCUAUUUGUACUUGUAUCCCGCAUUACACUGGAAACCCAUAUACAAAUUGUUUCUAUGAAAUGAUAGAACCUACUGAUAAAGAGCAAGAUCCUUGUAGUUCACCGAUUUGUGGUCCGAAUAGCAAAUGUCAAAACAUCAAUGAUCAAGCCGUUUGUUCUUGUUUACCAGAAUUUAUAGGAACACCACCAAAUUGUAGACCCGAAUGCGUCAUGAAUUCAGAAUGUGAUUCAAAUCUUGCUUGUAUUAAAAAUAAAUGCAUAGAUCCAUGUCCUGGAACGUGCGGACGUAAUUCCCAGUGCAAAGUUAUACGCCAUAGUCCUAUUUGUAGUUGCACAUUCGAUAUGACAGGUGAUCCGUUCGUCUACUGUUUCGCAGCACCUAAACCGGAUGAUAUAUAUCCUAAAGAUCCAUGUACUCCAUCCCCUUGUGGAUCUAAUGCAAUGUGUAAAACCAUUAAUGAUGUACCUGUGUGCAGCUGUAUGAAUAAUUAUAUCGGGGUACCACCAAACUGUCGUUCUGAAUGUUCUAUUAAUUCAGAUUGUCCUGCCAAUAAAGCUUGCAUAAGAGAGAAAUGUAGAGAUCCAUGUCCUGGAUCUUGUGGUCUAUAUGCACAAUGUUCUGUUGUAAAUCAUACACCAGUAUGUACAUGUCCAGAGAGUUAUACCGGUAAUCCUUUUGACAAUUGCUAUCCCAAACCUGUACCAAACGAAACUGAACCAUCUGAUCCUUGCAAAGAAUCUUUGUGUGGAUCAAAUACUCAAUGUAAUGCAGGUAUUUGCACAUGUCUACCAGAAUAUUUUGGAAAUCCAUAUGUUGGCUGUCGUCCCGAGUGUGUUAUUAAUAGUGAUUGCUCUCGUGAUAAAGCUUGUAUACAGCAUAAAUGUCAAGACCCUUGCAUUGAUGUCUGUGGCCUUAAUGCUGAAUGCAAUAUCGUUAAUCAUUUACCCAUUUGUAGUUGCCCAGAAAAUAUGUCUGGAAAUGCAUUUAUUUCUUGCAUCUUAAUUGUAGACACAUUACAGAAUCCUUGCAAACCAUCUCCAUGUGGCCCGAACAGUCAUUGCAAUACAAUAAAUGGUGUGGCUGUAUGCACAUGCAUUACUGGUUUCAAAGGAACGCCACCUUCUUGUAGAUCAGAGUGCAUAGUAAGCUCUGACUGUGCUCGUAAUAGAGCUUGUAAUAAUCAAAAAUGUAUCGAUCCAUGCAUAGGGGCCUGUGGAAUAUCUUCCGAGUGUGUUGUAAUAAACCAUAAUCCUAUAUGCAGUUGUCCAGUAUCAUAUACAGGAGAUCCAUUUGUAAAAUGCAUACCACAAUUAUUAGAGCCAGAAUCUCCAGUAAACCCUUGUCUACCAUCACCUUGUGGGCCAAAUUCAUUGUGCCAAAUUCUAAAUAAUGCACCAUCGUGUUCUUGCCUUCCCGAAUAUAAUGGAAGUCCACCAAAUUGUAAACCCGAAUGUAUCAGUAAUAACGAAUGUCCAAACCAACAGGCAUGUAUCAAUAGAAAAUGCAGAGAUCCUUGUCCAGGAUCAUGUGGAAUUAAUGCAGAAUGCAGAACAGUCAGUCAUAUUCCCAUAUGUACAUGUAUCAAUGGUUUCACUGGUAAUCCAUUUGCACAGUGUUACCCGCAGCAAUAUAAAAUACCAAAGGAACCUGGUUUGUGUCAACAAAUAUCUUGUGGAACAAAUGCUAAAUGUCGCGUGUCUCACGAGACAGCCUUCUGUUCAUGUCUACCUGAAUUUUACGGAAAUCCAUACGAAGGUUGCAGACCCGAAUGUAUCGUUCAUUCCGAUUGUGCUCUUAAUCAAGCAUGCGUACAUAACAAAUGCCAAGAUCCCUGUCCUGGAACAUGCGGCUUCAAUGCUGUCUGUUAUACCAUUAAUCAUAUACCAUCUUGUAAUUGUCAAUCUGGAUAUACCGGUGAUCCAUUCACUCGUUGUGAUCUUAUUGAACAAUAUCUCACGCCUAGUCCUAAAGACCCAUGUGAUCCUUCUCCAUGUGGACCAAAUAGUCAAUGCCUUAAUACUAAUGGAAGAGCUAGCUGUACAUGUUUGAUUAAUUACAAAGGAACUCCACCAAAUUGUAGACCAGAAUGUGUUGUCAGCACAGAAUGUCCUAUAAACCGAGCGUGUAUGAAUCAAAAAUGUGUAGAUCCUUGUCCUGAUGUAUGUGGAAUCGAUGCUCGAUGUGAAAGCAUCAACCAUAGUCCAAUUUGCAGUUGCGGCAUUAAUAAAACUGGUGAUCCAUUUGUGAGAUGCUUUGACAUUACUCCGACUAUUGAUUUCCCGAAACCUGAAAAUCCGUGUAUACCAUCUCCAUGUGGACCAUUUUCAUUAUGUCAAAAUUAUGGAAAUUACCCGUCAUGUUCAUGUUUGCAAAAUUACAUGGGUACACCUCCUAAUUGCCAUCCAGAAUGUUCAGUCAACUCUGACUGUAUAAGUAAUAAAGCUUGUAUUAGAAACAAAUGCAAAGACCCAUGCCCUGGAUCUUGUGGAACAAAUGCUAUUUGCACUGUGAUCAAUCACACCCCAUCUUGCACAUGUCCUAAUGGAUAUUCUGGAGAUGCGUUUACCAAUUGCGUUCCUGUUCCAAUAUUUGGACCACCGGAACCACCCGACCCAUGUAAUCCAUCUCCAUGUGGAUCGAAUGCUAUAUGUAAUAAUGGACUUUGUGAAUGUAUAAAUGAAUAUCAUGGUGAUCCAUAUCGUGAGUGUAAGCCAGAAUGUGUACAAAAUUCUGAUUGUUCAUUCAAUAGGGCUUGCAUAAAUAAUAAAUGUAUCAAUCCUUGUGUUGGUAUCUGUGGUAAAAAUGCAGAAUGUACUGUCAUUAAUCAUAUACCUACAUGUAGCUGUCUCCAACAAUAUGAGGGUGAUCCUUUCAGUAUCUGUAAACGUGUACAACCCCGUAAAACACCUUGCAAUCCUUCACCGUGUGGACCCAAUAGUAUAUGUCAUGAAUUCGGCGAACAAGCAUCAUGCUCCUGUCUUCCUGGUUAUAUUGGACUACCACCUAGUUGCAGAUCGGAAUGUAUUGUCAGUUCCGACUGUGAACAAGACAGAGCUUGCAUCAAUAAUAAAUGUCAAAAUCCCUGUGAAAAUGCUUGUGCUUACAAUGCAUUAUGUAUGGUUCGUAAUCAUAAUGCUAUUUGUAGCUGCCCUCGUGAAUACACCGGUGAUCCAUUCGUCAAUUGCUUCCCUAUGAAACGGCCGUACGAAGAACCCUCAAGAGAUCCAUGCAAAUCAUCACCAUGUGGACCAAAUGCACAUUGCACUGUAUCAACCCAGCAGAAACCCUUAUGUACCUGUUUAUCCACCUUCAUAGGAUCUCCACCAAAUUGUAGACCCGAAUGCAUUAUAAAUACUGAUUGUCCAACCAACCAAACAUGCAUGAAUAAAAAAUGCAAUGAUCCUUGCGUUGGACUAUGCGGUAUUAAUGCAAUUUGCCAAGUUACCCUCCACCAAACUCGUUGUGAUUGUCUCGAAGGAUACACUGGAGACCCACUUAGAAUCUGUUCUAUAAUUUCGAAACCUCCUGAGCCUCCGUCGAAUUUAAGUCCAUGCAGUCCAUCACCAUGUGGUUCCAACGCUUAUUGUCAAGAAAGAAACAACGUCGCUGUUUGCGAAUGUUUACCAGACUAUAGAGGUGAUCCUUACCUAGGUUGUCAACCAGAAUGUUUAUUGAACUCCGAUUGUCCAAAAUCUCAAGCAUGCGUCAGAACGAAAUGUCAAGAUCCUUGCGUUGGUACUUGUGGAAUUAACGCAAUUUGUACCGUAUCAAAUCAUAUUCCUAUCUGUUCAUGUCGAUCGCCAACUAUCGGAGAUGCAUUCACGCAAUGCUUUAUACCAGAAGAACCAACGAAGCCAAAUCCAUGCCAUCCUUCACCAUGUGGUCCAAACACUGUAUGUGAAACAGUACAAGAUACAGCAAUUUGCAAGUGUCUUCCUAGUAUGUUAGGCAUACCUACAGAUAUAACAGGUUGUCGUCCUGAAUGCAUCGUUAGUUCAGAAUGUCCAGCUGAUAAAGCCUGCAUGAACAACAAGUGCAUCAAUCCAUGUUCACGAAAUGUAUGCGGAAUCAAAGCAACGUGUAAAGUUCUUAAUCAUAGUCCAUUAUGUAGUUGUAUUCCUCCAUUGAUUGGUAAUCCAUUGUUUGAAUGUUAUCCACAAUCUGAAAUUGAUCCAUGUAGCUCAUCACCAUGCAAUUAUAACGGCGAAUGUAAAGUAAGAAAUGACGUCGCCUAUUGUAUAUAUCCAGAAUGUAUUAUAAAUUCCGACUGUCCACGUGAAAAAGCCUGUUUAGCACAAAAAUGUAGGGAUCCUUGCAUCAAUGCCUGUGGAAUAGAUUCUAUUUGUCAAACUAUUAAUCAUAAACCAGUAUGCUCUUGUCCAAGUGGAUUCAUGGGUAAUCCCUACAUAAAAUGCAUGAUUACUACUCACGAAGUGCCAAAUGUAGAAUGUACACAAAACUCUGACUGUACGAACGAUAAAACCUGUUCAAAUAAUAAAUGUAUAGACCCUUGCACUGUUCAAUCUUGUGGUUUCAACAGUCGUUGCUAUGUUCAAAUGCACAGAGCCAUUUGCGUCUGUAACGAAGAUUUCACCGGUAAUCCUCAACAAUAUUGUCAGAAAAUUGGAUGCCGUGGUGACAACGAAUGUCCAUUGACUCAAUCUUGUAUCAACGAUGAAUGCAUUGAUACUUGUCAAGUAAUGCAGUGCGGUAUUAAUGCAUUGUGUACUGCAGAUGGUUAUCACAAAGCUCGUUGUUACUGUCCUGACAAAUUUUUGGGCAAUCCUUAUGAAUUAUGCAAACAACCGGAAUGUAUCAGUGAUAAUGAUUGUGCACCUUCUUUGGCAUGUAAAAAUUCACAAUGUACAGAUCCAUGCUCGUGUCCUUCUUCCGCUCAAUGUUUCGUUAUUAAUCAUCGACCAAGUUGUCAGUGUCCACCUGGUUAUACCGGUGAUCCUUAUACGUUAUGCACUCUAGAAUUGGAAGAACCUGUUCCCGAGUGUCAAACUGAUGUAGAUUGUCCUAGCAAAUUAGCAUGUUUCAAUGCAAUUUGCAAAGACCCAUGCAUAGAAAUAAAACCAUGUAUCUCUAGUGCUAAAUGCAGUGUUGUAGAUACUUUACCAAUGAGAACUAUGAUCUGUGAAUGUCCGCGAAACUUCAUGGGAGAUGCAACGGUUGCCUGUAUUCGAGUUGAUAAACAAAUUGAAGCAAUAUGUGUAAGUGAUUCUGAAUGCAGUUCGGAUAUGAUAUGUUUAAAUCAACGUUGUAUCAAUCCAUGUGCUGUUAAUCCGUGUGCCUCUAACGCAGAAUGUUAUGUAGAAAAUCAUCGUCGUAUUUGUCAAUGUCCUGCAGGACAUACUGGUGAUCCAUUUGUAAUAUGUUUCGAUGAAAACAACACGUUGCCUAAAUGUGAAUCUAAUUCAGAAUGUCCAUCUAAUAAAGCAUGUAUAAACCGUCUAUGUCAAAAUCCCUGCUUAAGUAACAGAUGUGGUCCAAAUGCAGAAUGUAUUGUUAAUAGACAUCAUCCAACUUGCCAUUGUCAAGAAGGUUUUGCAGGAAACCCACAAAUACAAUGUUUCAAACCGGAAUGCAACACAGAUCAUGAUUGUCCAUAUGACAAAGCAUGCCAGAACGGCAAUUGUUUUGAACCUUGUCUUCUUAGUGAAAUUACAUGUGGACGAGGAGCAGAAUGUAUAACUGCAGAACAUAAAGCUCAAUGUAUUUGUCCGCAAGGCAAACAAGGUCAUCCAUACGUCGCGUGUAUUUCAACAAUAUGUCAUUACAACGAAGAUUGUGCGGAUCAUGAGAUUUGUGACAGGUUGAAUAGAAUUUGUCGGCCUGUUUGCGACAUUGAAACAUGUGCAGAAACUGCUAUUUGCGUUGGACGAGAUCAUCAACCCAAGUGUACAUGUCCUACAGGAACAUCAGGAAAUCCAUAUGUGGAAUGCAACCGAAUAGAAGUUCAACCUGAAUGUCUAGAAGAUAUAGAAUGUCAAUCAAAUUUAGCGUGUAUUAAUGCACAGUGUCAAGAUCCAUGUGGACCAACGAACAUGUGUACACAGGAUCAAGAAUGUAAAGUGUUAAAUACUAUUCCUCUUCGCACAAUCAUCUGUUUGUGUCCGCCUAACACAAUUACAAACAACAACGGAAACUGCAUAAAAAUAGAAUUGAAUAAUGUUCAAUGUCAUUUGGAUCAUGAUUGUAAUGAUAACGAGAAAUGUUUAAGUGGACGAUGUGUUGAAGCUUGUAAUACUAUACAAUGUGGAUAUAAUGCUCAAUGUAAAUCCACUUAUCACACUGCUACCUGUGUAUGUGCUUCUGAAUUUAUUGGCGAUGGUUAUAUUGAAUGCACGAAAGUUACAUUCCCACCAUUACCACCAAAUCAACCGGAAUGUUAUAGCAACAGCGAUUGUGCCCAAGAUAAACAAUGUAUAAAUUCUCUUUGCUUAAAUCCUUGUAUAGCUACUAAGCCUUGCGGAAAGAACUCUUUCUGCCAUGUUGAAAAUCAUAAUUCUAUUUGUAAAUGUCCACAAAGUUACAUUGGCGAUCCCAGAGUAAACUGUAUACCACCUAAGAUUAUUACGGAAUGUUCGUCCAAUAGUGAUUGUGCAGGAAAUACUGCAUGCUUUAACGGUGUUUGUAUAAAUCCAUGCAAUUGUGGACCAAAUGCAAAAUGCAUUGUGGCUAAUCAUUAUCCGUCAUGUGUGUGUCCUCAUGGUUAUUCUGGCAAUCCCCAGCUUGGUUGUUUCAAACUUGAUUGCGAGUCUGAUAACGAAUGCAAUGAUGCAGCAACUUGUUACAAUGGACAAUGCAUUAAUCCUUGCAUCUUAGACAACAAAUGUGCGAUUAAUGCAGAAUGUUACGGUUAUAACCAUCGUUCAGCUUGCCGUUGUAGUGCUGGCUAUGUUGGAAAUCCACAAAUACAUUGUGAAAGAGUAGAGUGUAAUAACAAUUACGAUUGCCCACAAAAUCAGGCUUGUAAAAGUGGACGUUGCAUUGAUCCAUGCGUCGAAAAUUCUCCUUGUGCUCAAAACGCUCUUUGUUACGUACAAGCUCAUCUUGCUUCUUGUCGUUGUCCAGUGAACAUUCCUUCAGGAAAUCCAUAUUCGUACUGUGAACGUCAUCCUCCAGGUGCAGUGGAUGAACCAGAAUGUAGAAUCGAUAUAGAUUGUGGUGAUAAAUUAGUAUGCAUCAGAAAUGAAUGCAUCGAUCCAUGCCCAGUAUUAAAACCGUGCUUAGAGAAUGCUCGUUGCGAUGUCUUGGACACCGUACCUGUACGAACUAUGACUUGUACGUGUCCAGAGGGAUGGAUCACACAUAUCGAUGGAAUAUGUAGACCAAUACAAAUAACAAACAUUGGAGCUUGCGUUACAAACGACGAGUGUAACGACAACGAAGCUUGCGUGAAUAGGCAAUGCCGAGAUCCUUGCAAUUGCGGUACCAAUGCAAUCUGUUUUGUAAGAAAUCACAAACCAAUAUGCUCUUGCAAAGAAGGCUACCAAGGCAAUCCUGAAAUUGCAUGCGUUUCGGUUGAAUGUCAACAAGAUUACGACUGUGCUCUAGAUAAAUCCUGCAAGAACAAAUACUGCGUAGAUCCAUGUUUACUGUCAGAUCUAUGUGGUUUGAAUGCCGAGUGUUACGUCAGAAACCACGUAGCUGACUGUCGUUGUCGCAAGGGAUAUUAUGGUAAUCCUUUGGACAAAUGUCGGGUUAUUGGUUGUCACAGUAACGGAGAUUGUCCUAGCGAGCAUUCAUGUAUCAACAUGCAAUGCAUCGAUGCUUGCCUUCACGACAAUCCUUGUUCUUCUCGUGCGGAAUGUAAAGUUCUAAAUCAUAUCCCAAUUUGUCGCUGUCCAGUUCAUUACACUGGCAAUCCAUAUAUUCUUUGCAAGUUGGAAGAACAACCUGAAUGUAGAGAAGACAGUGAUUGUCCAGAUAGAUUAGCAUGUUUCAAUCACAAAUGUGAAGAACCUUGUCCGAUAAUGCAGCCUUGUACUCCGCCAUCAGAAUGUAGAGUAUUACCUACAUCUCCUAUAAGAACAAUGAUUUGUGUUUGCCCAAGCGGAUAUGUUAGUAGUGGUAGUGGAACGUGUCAACCUACAACACCAAUCGUUAAAGUCGAAUGUACAAAGGAUAACGACUGUGCUCAGGACAGAUCUUGUAUCAAUGGUAUAUGCAGAAAUCCAUGUACUUGUGGUCCUAAUGCAAUUUGCAAUGUAGUCGAUCAUAAGCCAGUAUGUUCUUGUAUUUUGGGCUAUGAUGGAAGCGCGGACAUUGCAUGUACCGAAGUCACCGGUUGCCAUACAAAUGACGAUUGUAGUGGAACACACAUAUGUGUUAGACAUAAUUGCAUUCCUGCUUGUUCAUCCACGGCAAUAUCUUGUGGAAAAGGAGCAGAAUGUCGAGCUAUAAAUCACAAAGCCAUUUGCGAAUGUCCACCAGGCUUGAAAGGCAAUCCAACCGUAUCUUGUGUUUUGUUAGGAUGCAGAAGCAAUAUAGAUUGCCCGACAAAUAAAGCAUGUAUUAACAAUCGUUGUGAAGAUCCUUGCAUAUCAAAUCCAUGUACUGAUAAAACCGAAUGUAAUGUAUAUAAUCAUGUUGUGGAGUGUUCUUGUCCACCAGGAUACAUUGCUGAUUCCAAAUCUGGAUGUGUUAAAGAAACAUGUAAAGCGGAUUAUGAAUGUCCACCUCAAACAGCAUGCUUUGAUGGAGAAUGUAUCAAUCCUUGCAUUAAAAUUGCACCUUGUGGCGUAAACGCUAUUUGUAAAGUAUUAGAUACCGAACCAGUUAGGACAAUGAUCUGUGAUACAAUAAAUGUUUGUUCUCCCGAGAAAGGGCAAAUACGUGACGAGUACGGUAAUUGCAUUUGCCCGCAACACAUGGCUAAAGACCAACACGAUAUUUGCAUACCCUGUCACGAAGAUACUGGAAUGAUCAUUAAUAAUCAAGGAUAUUGUACUUGUGCCUUAGAGAAAGGAUUUUUGAUAGAUGAAUACGGUCGCUGCAUAUGUCCAACUCAAGAUGGAUACAAAUUAACUGCCAAUGGAUAUUGUAAACUCAUCGGAAUAAUAGAAUGCAGAAUAGAUGACGAUUGCGCAGAUAAUAGAUACUGUGAACAGACGACAAGAACUUGUGAAGAUCCUUGCUCAAAAAUAGUAUGUAGUGUAAAUGCAUUUUGCAAUGCAACUAGACAUCAAGCUCAUUGCUUUGUCAAAGAAAAAACACCCAAAACCGAUUUCCCCACACCAGACAUGGGUGUCAGUUGUUUAUCAGAUGGAGUCCAAGUUGAAAUAUAUUUGCAAGAUCACGAAUUUGACGGUGUUUUGUAUGUUAAAGGCCGUAGCAAAGAUGAACAAUGUAGACGUGUUGUUUCGAUACCUGCUGAAACUAUACAUAAAACAGAUAUAAUAUUUAAAGUUGCAUUUGGCAAUUGUGGAUUGAUACAUGUAAAUGGACAAGCCAGUUUCAUACUUGUUGUUCAAAAGCAUCCAAAAUUAGUAACAUACAAAGCACAGGCCUAUCAUAUUAAAUGUAUAUAUCAAACUGGUGAACAAAAUGUUACACUUGGCUUUAAUGUUUCAAUGUUAACUACUGCUGGUACUAUUGCAAAUACUGGACCACCUCCAACAUGUAUAAUGAAAAUCGUUACUCAUAAUGGAAAUGAAAUAAAUUCUGCUGAAAUAGGAGAUAAUCUAAUGUUACAAGUUGAAGUUCAGCCAUCAUCAAUUUAUGGAGGUUUUGCAAGAAAUUGUGUGGCCAAAACUAUGGAAGAUAAUUUGGAAAACGAAUAUAUAGUAACGGAUGAAAAUGGAUGUGCAACAGAUCCAACAAUAUUCGGAGAAUGGCAACAAGAUCAUGAAACUCAAUCACUGAUGGCUAGUUUUAAUGCCUUCAAGUUUCCAAGUAGUGAUAAUAUCAGAUUCCAAUGUAAUAUACGAGUCUGUUUUGGACGAUGUCAGCCUGUAAAUUGCCGAGGAUACAAUGCAUUCGGUCGCCGUCGUAGAGAUGUUGAGGCUGAAUCAAAUGAUACAGCCUUAAGUAUCUCUGAUAAUUACGAAGGACAGCUUCGUGAAGAGAUAACAAUCGAAUCGAACUUAAUAUUUACUUUGGAAAGAAGAGAAGAAAGAUUAACAGCAGAUCCGGCUGAAGUUCCUUCGGCUCAAAGAGUAGAAGAUAUUUGUGUUUCCAUGGUUGGAUUUAUCAUAGCCUUAGUAAUAACAGCACUUUUAGCACUAGUUGCUGUCGCUAUUGCGGUGUCAUGCUGGUUAAUGGCAUAUAGACGUCAGCCAAAGACUGCUGGACCACUGCCACAUCCACCAGAGUUUCCAAAUCCUCUGUUCACUACCGAAUCUGUAGCUGAACCUUCUCCUGAUUAUCACUUAUCAUAAGUUUUUUAGUAUAAUUAUUUUAUAUAUAAUAUAAUUUUUUAUAAUUAUAUCAUGGAAUGCAUUUCAGACCAUUCUUCCUAACUUGGUCAGUCUUGUAUUUCUAAAUGCAACUCCUCCAAUGACUAUCUUUUUUGCAUAUGCUCUCAAGGGUUUACUUGAUCAAUGUCACUGUCUUGUAUAAAAAUAUUACUAUUACAAAGUAUGUAUGUAUUUUCUAUUUAUGGUGACGGGGUUGCUUCCAUUAUCUCUCUAUGUGUAUACAUGAAACAUAAUCUUACUUUUCAUGAACAUCAUCCUCUGUAUUAUUUUUUCUAGUCAGUGGAGGAUUUGUUAUACACACACACGAAAUCGCGAAUUUAUUUGCGUGUAAAGUCAAACAAAGUAGUCUAAUGUAAUUUUUUUUUUUUUUAUUAUAAAAAUAGACAAUUGUACAUUUUAACUAAUGCCAAUUAAAUAUAUUUGCAAAUGUUUUUUCAAUCAAAUGUUCUAUAAAAAAGUUUAAUUGGAUAUAUGCGUCGCAUAUAUGGAUAAAUCUGUGUGGCGAAAUCACGAUGCCAAAUAAUUGUGAAAAUAUAAAAAUAUUUUUUGACAAAUUACUUUAAAUUUAAAAUAAAGUAUAUGUGUGUGUAUAUAUAUAUAUAUAUAUAUAUAUAUAUAUAUAUAUAUAUAUAUA